CCCCCCCACCACCUCCACCACCACUAGGUCGAGUCGAGGAGGAGGAGGAGGAAGAGGAGGAGGAGGAGGGAUGAGGCGCGCGGCGGAGGGGAAAUGGCUGCCGAAAACAAGCCGGAAGGUAAGAGAGAAAUAACGGGUUUUAUUCGAGGUGGCAGAGUCCCGCUAUUCGGGGUUCAGACGAGGCGAUGAAGGGACGUGGGCAUGGAGGAGGACAGAGAUAACGGCAGGGCUUUCCCUUUCUGCUUCAGCCCGUCCCGAAAACACGGACGCUGGUGCUGAACCAGCGACUGUGUGGAGCACGGUAAACCGACAGCAAAUAAAUAACGGAAGGAGAGUUGUCCUUUCGGAAGGCUCCGAGCCGGGAUAGGGGAGUUUUUUCACCGUCCGAUACAUGGCAGCGUUUCCCCCCGAGCAGCUGGUUUCUGAGUGCUUUUGAAGCGUUUGGCAUAAAGGGAUGAGGAUGAGAGAGGAUGAGAGUGGUUCACGCUGAAGGAAUUCAGAUGCUUUCAGUGUGUAUGUGUGUGUGUUGUGUUGAGUGUGUAAGUGUGUGUGUGUGUGUGUUUAUCUGUCUCUGUAUCUCUCUUUAAGCAUAAAAUAGACCAUUGAAUCGUAGAUUUCCUUGCCUAACAGGCACGCAACCCCCUAGAACAGCUGUGCUUUUAUUUAGGCACAUUCCAGUGUUGUGUGUGCGUGCGUGCGCGUGUGUGUGCGUGUUUAUGUUGGUGUAUAUGUGUGCUUAUGGUUGCUAAGGCAGUAAAGUCGAGAAUAAGACUGCGUUUGAGUAGAGAGGUGGAGUGUGUGUGUGUCAGUUUUAGGUCAUAUUAUGUAUGAAUCUGGUUUAAAUUCCCUCUACUAAACUCUUGUUAUUCAUUCAUUCAUGAAUUAUUCAAGGGGUGACCAAAAUCACCAUGGUGAUAUUAUCUCCAUCUAGACUCAUGGGUCAUUCAAAUCUUCGGUUCUUGCUCAGUGUGUUUCAGUUUUGUUUAUAAACAUUCCCCCUAGUUGUUGGUCUGCUCCAUUAAUCUCCAUCUUUUCUUUCUGGUACUCACUUUAUAAAUAAACGUAACAGCUUUUUCAGGAAUGACAGGCAGCCCUUAAGCUACUUGAUUGCCGCAACUAUACAUAUUAAAGAAGCAGUGCCCUCAACAUCAAUUCCUCUGAUUUGAUACUACUGAUCUUUUUUCAGCAAAGAGAUACUGAAAAUGACAAGAGGAGACUUUACGCCUCUGCCCACUAGGGAGCGAUGCUGAGCAAGAUUUCUACAGGGCAAUUUUGGGAUAAUGUGAACUACUCUUGUGUCCAUUCACUUGUGAGGCAAAUUUCCAGGAGUACCUACUUCUAGUUAGGCACACAUACAUAUAUACACAAGUGUGCAGGCGAGCAUGCAGAGUUUAGCCAGAGGCAAGGGGAAGGCCGUGGGUUGAGAGUCCCAUUGCGUGAAAAGAAUACAACUGUAGAUGAGACAGAUGGCCCAUGGGCUGAUCAGCAUGCGCUGAACCACAUAAAUAUAAAACCAUCCCCCUGCCCAUACUGUGCCUUACCUACACACACGCAAACAGAAUCAUGCAAUCACAGUGUGAGAAGAUUUUUGUCCAUUGAACCCUUGGUGUGUUGAUGGAUGUAAUAAUUUACAAGCGUCAGACAAGCUGAAUGAAAGCCAAAUGAAUUGAAGGCAGGAGGCAGCUAUCUACUCUUCCGCACAGAUGUGUAUGGCGCUGAUCAACACAGCACACUAGUGGGCACAAGAACAACAUCCACCAUAUAGCAUUGAAGACCAUCUCCCUCUGUGCUGGUUGGUCUACUUUGUAUCAUAGCAACAGUGGUCAGGGAAACAGAGAAAUGAUGAGAGAGAAGAGAAACUAAAGCUGGGUACAAGUUAGUCACACACAUGGAGGCAGUGUUGCUACUGUGGCCAAUCGAUCAGGGACACAAUGGACGCAAGUUAGUGGAUCAGAAAAUGGAUCAGCCCACAUGCAUAUCACUUGGAGUUUUGUUUCUGGGCUGUUAGAGGAGGAGAAGUGAGGUGAGGUGUGCGACUGCCAAAAAGUCCGGACCGACUCCUGAAUACAUCUCUGUCUCUGCUCCUUUUUUCCUCCUUUUCUUUCCUCGUAGGACUGAAGAAGAUAAGAAAUCCAGAGCGGAUGGUCAGGAUUGCUGUUGGCUACACAGGACACACCCCUCCCAAGAGUGACGACACUGACGCCAACAGUAAGAGACACGCAGACACUCUUCACACUUUUUUGUGCACACGCGCACAUUUGUCUGUAGCGCAGGGUGACUCUGAGAGCAAGUAUAAAAGCCUUCUGGCAGAAUGAUGUGAUGCGGGAACUGAGGUCUCCUUCUCAUCUGCUCUGUUACAGAUCACACUUACACAUACAUUCACACACUCGCACACACGCACACUGACAUACACAAAACAAAUACACACACUAUCUCUGUACCUCUCUACUGAGAUGUCAUUCCAAUUCAGCUCUGUUACACACCAUGUUUAUUCAUGCAUGCCAGUACAGUAUUAGUGAGCGCACACACACACACACACAUAUACACUCAUACACUUCUGCACACAGCUAUAGAGAAGGCAGAGCUUACUUUGGCUAUCAGUAGUUUAUUGUCAUACCUAAUCUGUACACAUGGCAUUAUGUAUCUAUAAUCCUCAAUGGGCCUGGUUAAACUACAAGUGAGAUGGAGUGUGUAAUCUAGGGUCGCCGGAUGGUCGAGUAUGCGUGUGAUGGUGUCCCUGGCGUGUAUGUGAUUGCUGCUGUGUGUUAGAGGGACUAUAAAGGCAAUGAUUGCUUUGAUUGGUUAUUGAUUUCAGAGGGCAUGGCGCAGAUGCAUGUCUCUGUCUCUCUCUCUGUAUACGUGUGUGACAAAUUGAAAGAAAAUAAACAGAUGUGAGGAGGAGCAGACAGACACACUGCUGAGUGAGGUAGUGGGGGUUAUGGGUGUAGAAGGGGAAGGUACAUGGAAAUACACACACCCGCCCAACAAAAAAAAAAAAACCUUUUCAUUUCAAAAGGAGCAGAUGGCUUCAUACCUGCUCCAGACCCUCUUAUUUUGUUAAGAGGGAUGAGCCAGACUGUCACAUAACAGCAAAUAAAGAAUUAAGAGAGAGUCUGAAAAACAAUAGAAUAGAAUAGAACAGAGAGUUCUGUUUGGGAUGGCUGUUUAAUAUGAGCUGAGACUUCCCGAGCCUAUCCCUGUCUCCUAUCUGUUCUCACGUCCCAGCUGGAGGAUUACUGGAGGAAAAGUUUAUCAGCAGAAUGAUAAAAUUAGCAUGCACGCCCAUCUCUCUACCCCUCUUCCCUCCACCCCCUGCGCUCCCUCCCCCUCUCUCUCUCGUCUCUCCCUCCCUUUUCCUGCACUCUCACUCAUCCCAUGCUAUGUUACCCCUUUUCUUUUCUCCCUGCCCUGGCUCCCUCCUGCCCUCCCAUCCUCCUCCCUUCCCCCCACCCUCCCACCCCUCUAUCUGGCUGCUGUGCAAUGAGCCUUUCUUACUGUCACAUUAAUUUCAUCCCGAAAAAGGGGGAAAAUGUGAAAAUUUCCCCUGACGCCUCCUACUAUCAGAAGGGGGGAGAGUUAAGAGUUGCAUUUGGAGCAUUUUCCUCUCUCUUUACCGAGGAGAGUUUUAUAAUUAACUGACAGCCAUCUCACAAGGGCACUGGCUUGUUUCUGUGUUAAAUAUGGAGAUGACAGUUUUAUGAGGUAAAAUAUUCAUCAGUCGAAGGCUGCACUUCUGUGUGAUUCCAGUCUAAAUUAUGGUAUUUGAUAGGCUACUAAAGCAGUGUUUCACUUUAGUCUAACAUUUUCACUUUUUAGCACGUAUACCACUAUAUGACUUAAUGAGCCAGCAGUUCCACAUUAGCAUUCAGGCUUUGGCUCUCAUUUCGACUCUUUUUACAAGAUUAGCAAGUGAGUGAGUGAUCUUUGAAUUUGCAGCUUACUGCUGAGGGACUCGCAUAAAGCAACGCAGGUAUUGAAGCUGUUUUAUUAUUUCAAACAUAAAUGUGAACAGCUCUAAAUUUCCAUAUUUAGAUAUGUUCUCCCCCAUGUCUCUUGAUGGUUGAUUUGCCAGGGUAGCCAGAGAGGAAAGAGAAGUUUUUGCCCCAUGUCACACCAUGGAACGGCCCCACUGAGAGCCGUUUGGAACAGAUGGAAAAGACGAUUGCGACAGCACCAAGGCUGGAUUUUUUUGAAGAGAGGGACACAUUCUCUGGUUCAGGAUUGUUAGAAAUACAAGAUACAACCCUUUAGGGUGUAAAAGCUCAUCAGCAUUCAACAAAUCUGCAAAGUUGGUCUUCUUUUCCUCGUCAGCAGGGAGAGUGGGUGUGAGGAGAGGUGAGGAUGAUGGCCAUGUCCAUGAAGGUGUGCUUUGAAAGGGAUUUCGGCACCAAGGUCACUGGUGAAAAACGCCACUCUUGGACAAAUACUGUGAUGAAGGUUCUUUGAUCGGCAGGCCUUGUGUGUGUGUGUGUGUGUGUGUGUGUGUGUGCGUGUGUCUGUUUGCAUGUAGGGUUGUGCAUGUGUGUGUUCGAGUGUUUGCGUGUGUGCCUAUGCAUGUACAACGGGCUUGUUUGAUGUGGUGGUUCUGGUAUAUUUCAAAGGCGAGGCUCUGAUGAGAAUUCUUCAGAACAGCAGGGGGAGGAGGGGAGGGGUGCGUGUGGGGGGGUAUAGCCAGGAGGGGAGGGGUUUAAACGCUGAUUGGCAUUCAUAGCAGAGCGGCUGGAGUGCUGCUAAAAAAGAAAUUAGGCUUUAACUAAGCUGCACCAUUCAGCUGUUUAACUAAGCUGCUGCAUCGUUCAGCUGUUUGAAAUUUUGUCUUCUCAGGCCUUCUAUUAAUAAAUGCAUAAUUGAUUAGGGGGAGCAUACGUGCCUGAACACUACAGACACAAUCAUACACAUGCUCAGACACCUACACACCAGCACACAAAAACACACAGACCCCCCUCUUGUCCUGCUACACUACUUUUCUCUUUGUCUUUGUCUUACCUUGCUCUAUCUCUUGUCCUUGUAAAUUUCUUACUUUAUAAAUCUUCUUUCUCUCGACCUAACUUUUUUUUUCUUCAUUAACCGUCUCUCUCUGGCUCAUUGUCUCCCUGCAUCUGUCUCCCUCUCCAACCCUCCCCACCUCACCUAUCUCUCUUUUCCUCUUGCACUGUCGUCUGCCCUCAGGUAGAGUAUAAUUCCUAUCUUCCCAGGGGAGUCAUGAAUGGACGCCCUCUACUCAAAUGCUUAUCAAUAACCUUUGAGUGCUUGCUCUCUUUGACUUCUGAGCUGCACACCCGUUGGGCUUACACUCACAAACAGGCAUGCACACACAUACACACACCAGGGCCUCUAUCUGUGUGUGGACGCUAUCCACUGGUGAAGUGGUAUAUUCUCCAGGGACAGGGGGAUUUUUGCCUCACCUGCACCUUUUUCAUAUUUCUGUUAUUCUUUGAACACCGCAGACAGAAGUGAGGAACAGUUUAUUCAUUUUCACAGGUUAUCCUGCAGCGCUGUAUAGAUAUGGUACAAAACUCAAUAUAUGCUAUUAUCAUGUUUUGCUUGUCUCUUUUAUUACUCUCUUUAUUUCAGUUGUGACCUGAAAAAUUAUUUGAAAAAAUUAUUAAAAUUUAUUUGUCUAUUUUUGUUAAAUAAUGCAGUUAAACUAUGUGUCGCCUACGAUGGAUUGUUAGGGCCACAUUAAGAAAAAAAAAUUAAGACUUCGAGAUGAAAGCCAUGAAUUUAGGAGAAUAAAGUCAUAAUAAAGUAAUUACUUAAAACAAUAAAGUCGUAAUAAAAUCAUUCCUUAUGAGAAUAAAGUCAUAAUAAAAUCAUUACUUCCGAGAAAAAAGUUGUAAUCGAAUCAUUACUUACGAGAAUAAAGUCGUAAAGUAAUCACUUACGAGAGUUAAGUCAGAAUAAAGUCGUUAUAUUCCAACCUGCUGUUUAAGAUGACAGUUGUUGAAAUGAGAGCCAUUGAGCAUUUCGUGAAAAUGUACUUCAAUAUAGGUUUCUCAAACAACAAGAUACUUCAUCUUUUGGCACAUCAGCACCACAUUAUCAUAAGUAUGAUAAUGAUUUCAUUACGACUUUAUUCUCACAAGUAAUUACUUUAUUACGGCUUUAUUCUCAUUAGUAAUGACUUUAUUCUCGUAAAUGAACGACUUAAAUCUCUAAGUGUAAAUUUUUUGUUCUUAAUGUGGCCCUAAUACUCUGUCAUAGUUGCCCCAUUAAGCAGUAUUUACAUAUUUUUCUUUGUCUUGUCUGGGAUCUCCAGGUUGAAAUGGUUAAAAACAGGCCACCGUUAUGUGGUUACAUUUCUAAAAAUGCUGAACAGAUUUUUUUCAGCACAGGAGGUUUUAUCAAGUGUUACCCAAGCAUGCAAAAAUAGUGUAUUGUACAACUUCUCACUGCUGUGGGUUUGGUGAGUUUCUCCAGAAGUAGGACAGUAAAUGUGAAAAUGAGUCAACAUUAAAGUGUGAUUCUAAUAUUUUUUGAACAACAGAGGUGAAAUGAAUUCUGCAAAACAAGCAAAGUUAGGCUUUGGCAGCACACAGGUAAUACUCGCUAUCAGGAUCCAUUUCUUGUUGGGUUGUGAUCUUCUAAGGGUUUUAUUUAAUAACACAAUCAUAUGGCUGGACUUAAUCCCUUAAAGGGUUGGGUUAUAAUUAGAUUUAGAUUUAAAAAAAACAAAGAACAUGUUGGACUGUAUCCACAUCAUGAUUUUAGCUGAGCAGCAGUGGUGUAUGUAUCAAUAUUUGGCUGCUUUAUGAGUGAACUUUGGCUUCCACAGAGUUUCCUCUCAGGAGAAACUCGUCUGGAGUUUCUGUUCCAUCACCAAAUUGUCUGUAUUGCACUGUGGGGAGAGCACAGCUUUUAGUGGGGAUAAGAGAUGCUCAGGUGAUCAGCCUCUAUUGUUACCAACCCCAAAUGCACUGUUAAUGUAUGUUAAUGGAUUCUUCUUAAUCCAAACAUGUCUCCAGGUGGGCCGCAGGUGUACUGUGCACCUCCACCUGCUGUCCAAAAAUAAGCCACCCUCCCUCUGGCACUGCUCACUUAACUGUUGUUUUACCAUGUGUGUGCCUUGAAUGAUAAACUUAUCAACCACACAUUUCCUCAUCAUUUUAAUUAUCUAUGAGACAAUUUACGUGAAGAUGAGAGAGUUCAUUCUUCAUUUUUGUUUUGGAAUAACGUCUUUAUUCACAAAAAGUAACCAACUUAGAUUUUUUUUCCCCUCAUUUGAAAAAAGAAAACUCAAAUCAGAAAUGUCAAUUAAAGCCCAAGUCAUUCAUAGACAAAUCUUUAUGCAAAUUUGCACAUACUUACAUCAAGCCAUUAAAAAUGUCUCACAAUAAACAUCUGUUGUGAUUUAUUCUGCUGGAUCCCAAGAUGCUGCGUUUUAGUAUUCUCUCACCGUGUCUCAGUGUCUGAUGAAAAAUUUCUCUCCUCUCCCACUCAUUCCUCAUUUAUCUUCUUUUUUUCUUCACCCCUCUGUCCUACCCCCACCUCUGAUUCUGCCUCAGAUGAGCCAGGCCAGUUGAAGAUCUACCUUCCAAAGAAGCUGCUUGAGUGUCUGCCCAAAUGUUCCUCUCUGCCCAAGGAGCGCCAUCGCUGGAACACCAAUGAGGUGAGAAUGAGACACACUCAAGAGGGAAAUAUCUGUGACAGUGAGACGAACUCAGUGUUUUCUACCGGUGACUCAUCUUUAGCUAAUGUCACAUUGAGAGAUGAAGAGGAGGUAAACAAACACAAUGGCAGCUUUUCAUUAUGGGACCCUAAAACUGUGACACCAAGAAAUAAAAAAGGAAAAAACAAGAGCCCACAGUCACUAAAUCCCACUGACUGUACAUUUUUUUUCUAUUUCACUUUGUAAUCCAAACAGCUCUGUGUAAAGGCGUAGGAAUCGGAGUGGAGAGGGGGGGGUUCUGGGUCUAAAACUAUACAUGGUUUAGAGGCUGAGAAACAAGAAAUAAGGCAACAGAUUGAAUGUUUCCACUGCCGAUCGUUACUAGGUUCAAACACACUGUGGUCAGUUGGAUAAAGGCGGUUAUCUGAAAGUAACAUUGUUGCUAUGCAACCACAGAAAGCUGUUAGAUAUGUGGCAUGUUUCUGCUUUUCUCCGCUUUGUUUGAAAAUAAAGCCAGAGUUAAAUUGUGUAAUGUCAUCCACCAAAAUAAGAAAUGAAGAGAAAAAAAAUGAGUAACUGUCUGUGAGGCGUACUCCAAAAAAGCAGUACUCACAACACAGAUUUGAUCUUGACACAGUGAAGUUGAAUUAAUUUGACAGCCUUCUGCUCACCAAUUUACCCAGUGUUGACCACAUUUUAAAACUUUUAGUGAGCUUUGACUUUAAUGGUCUAACACAAGCUCAUGCCAACCAUUCAUUAAUACAGGGCUGAGUUUUCCCUGCUCUGGGCUAAAAUUAGCAUCAUAGUCGCAACAUGAACAAUAGAUGACUGAAACCGUACUGGUAGCUUAGUGGUUAGAUGUAAAAUGAGGCCACACAAGGUUGGAACAACCCUUUAUUAGGGGCCAAAGAUAACCCUGGGCUCAAUAUUUUUGGGUGUAAAAAAAAAGGUCUUGAGAGUCGCAUGUUGUUUCAGACUUAAGCUGUUAGCUUAGGGAAGUGUUUGAUGGCUGGAAAUGGAUGCCGGCAUUUAUCGUCAAUAGCUCCUUGUUUAUGCAUCACACAGCUCUCCACUGGUGGUUUGCUCCAUCUAUUGUGAUGUGGUCGGCCUCUGCUGAGACAUUUUCUCCAUGUGCAGGCUGUGCACUCCAUUAUGGAUGUGUGUUUGUGUGUUUGUGUUAUUGAUUACCAAGUCCAGCAUUAUUAUGCAAUGCAAAGCUGAUUUGGCCUGUGGUUUUUCUCUCAGGAAAGUCAUUACAUUUUUCAUGCAAUCCAUCUCAAUGAAGGUCAUACUGGGAGUUAAGCACGGCGCCUACUGAACAGUGUGCUCCCAUGAAUAGGCAGUGUGUGUAACUCUGUGUGUACGUGUAUAUACCAUUCAGAACAACGUGACCGCAGUCGGUUAGGGACUUCCACACAUCAGCCUAACCAAGAGCCAUUGUGCACGAGUGCAGCGACAAGACCCAAGCACCUUGUUGCUGCCCCCCUCUCCUGCUACUUCCUUCUCUCCAUCAGUCUCCCGUCCAACCUACAAUCUCAUCCUCUUUAUCUAUAUGUGUUCCUCUCCUCCUCCUUCUCUCUUUCUCUCCUCAUGACUCUCUCUUCCUGAUGAGGAGGUACAGGCUCAGUUCAGGGGGAGGUUGGGUGUCCCUCAGCGGAUUCCUUCAAAGCUCCUCUUCCACCCAGGCAUAAAGUUUCCUGCAUACUUAAACACUCCAUUGUGUCUGCUGCUCCUCUCUGCUCUGCGUGUUCACAGGGGGAGUUGAACAUGCUUUCUGUGCUUGUAUGUAUUUCAGUCUGUGUGUUUCUGUGUGUGCAGGGGUGUGUCUGUUAGGAGUACGCAUGACUCCACACAAUUGCACAAGAUGAUUUAGCUGUGAGUGUAAGAAGAUUUUGUGUUUGUUUAUUUGUAUCUGUCUCUAUUUCUGACAUUAAAAGGAGUGUGGUUGUUCUUAGCAGCAGAAAACAUAUUACCUUAAGGAUUCUCUGGCUUAACAAAUUUUAUUAAAAUUUUUUUCUUCUUUUUAAUUUUUAAUUUUUUUACAUUUAGCAUGGGUUAUAGCAAGAGAAAAUCUUGAAUAGGAUUUCCAGAUCAAUCAGUUUUUAGCUGUCACAUAUGAAGUUUUGAAUUUAGCUAAUAAAAUUUAUUAAAUUCCAUUAUUUCUACAUCCAGUGGUGUUGAAAAGCGCUAUAGUCUGACAAAAAAGACUCACACUCAUAUCACUGGUCAUAUUUUUGACCAGGAGCUGCUGCGAAAAUGAAAGUGAGAGAGCAAAGAGUGAUAGUCAGUCGACAUACGUGAAAUGAGGAGAGAGAGAGAGAUUGAGAGAAGCAUUUCCCGAUUGUUUUGCAGUGGAUGCACCCUCCAGCACUAGUAGAUGCACCCACACUUGCGCAAAAACUUGCCAGAUUUGGUUUGUUUGCAUCAGAAUUCAUGCCUACCUUCUGUGUGUGUCUCUAUACUUAUUUACACAGCCACCACCGCGAAAGGUUGAUUCGCCAAAGUUGGCAAAUAUUGACUUUUGUUAAGUUCUUUGGCAUUAAGUAAAGACACACCACACUUCUGUCUUUUGCAGAUGACCACAGAGCAGAGGAGAUAGAUAGAAGUCCCACCCUGUAGACGGUCAGGCAGAUCCUCACCUCUGUCCAAUGAUUGAUGCCCUUUACAUUUGUGAGAAAACUAGAAAAUCCAGACAGAGAAUACACCCUCUGCAGAUACACUCACCUCUGGAUUAUGCAUCAUGACUCAGAGGCAGACUAUUUUUAGGAAAAAUCUUAUUUAUUUUGCCUUUCAGUGCUAUUAACAGUAUGACAAAUGUUGGUUUGUGUUCAGUUAGUUUUUUUGGCACAGUGUGAAGGUUGGAAACAUAAAAUUAGCUCUCAUUACCAUUAGGAGUGCCCAGGAAAUCAUUUUUUGUUGCCGUGGUAUCCAAACAGGUAUCAAAUAUUGAUUAUUUACUGGAACCACAUCACUUGACGGCCUAGUGUGUUUGUGAAUGUAGUGUAAGUGUGUGUGCGUGUGUGCAUAUGUGUGUGUGUUUAAAUGAAUACGAGCAGAGUGUGACAGAUAAAGAGAUCUGCGUGUCUUUGAUUAAGUCAGACCCAAUCUUUGCAAGUCUUCAUUUGAUAUGUCCUCAUUCUCACCUUUUUCUUGGCAUGCUUUCUGCAAGUGUGUGAGUGUCUGUGUUCAUGCGCGUGUGUGUGGAGAUGUGUGUAUGUUUUCUUUCACAUGUGCACAAUUGCAUAUGAUCCUCUGAUCUCUGUUUUGUCACGCAUGGUUUCCCCCGACACCUUGGCCUCCUACCAGCGCUGAGCUGAGCCCAUACAUUUUUCCCCUGUCCACUCCUCCUCUACCUCCUCCUCUCUGUCCUUUCCUCUCUUUCUUCUCUCUCUCUCGGUCUCUCUGUCUCUGUCUCUCUCUCUCUCUCUUUCUCUCUCUCUUUCCUUUGUGUAUCUACUGAUGUGUGAAAUUAUUCCGGGAUGGAGGGAUGGAUUCCUCCCUGAAGGGCUGAGCGGAGGCGUGAGCCUUUUGUUCAAUAAUAGAUUGGGGGUGUAUGUGUAUCUGUCCAUGGUAAUAGACUAUAGACUAGUUUUAGAUAACAAACCACACUCAGGUGGACAGACUGAUGGUAGAGCAUGUUUUAUCCACCCAUCGGGAAUGACUUGUUGUUUGGAUUCAGCAAAUUCUACUGAGUGCUGUAAUAAGGUGGCGAUCAAACUUUUCGAGGUGUAGACAAAGGGAAACUUUAAAGCCUGGUACUUCAGCUUAUGAGGAGAUACGAUUACUCUUUUGGGGACCCCUGACAUCCUGGCUCGUAGUUUUAGAGCAAGGCAGAGUUGAAUUUUGGGUAAAAGUGUCGUCGCUAAGCUUAAAUUAAAACUCGAUCAAAUGCACACACACACACUGAAAAUGUGCACGUUAUUGCAUGAAUCUCAUGAGCAUUUUAAAAGGUUCUGCUUCAGAGCAGCCCCCCCACUAUGAUUCAAAUGACGCAACUGCCAAACGGAUUGGUACAGACUUCAGAACAUCACUCAGACGACAGCUGUCUGUGCCACAAUGCUUCUGCAUGCACGUCAGUACCCACAUAUCUUCUCUUGAGACAAGUGGAGAAUAGGGGAUGACAAUGUUUUGGUAUUAAUAUUUUUAGAUAAUACUAUAUGAAUCACGCAGUGUUUCAUUGUCAGUCUCCUUUCAUAGCAUGCAGUAAUAUAUUGGUAGCUGGCUGCAUGGUGUGAAGGCAGCUAGUUAACAGUUCACACACGCUCAUGUCUGGCUGUGCUGCUGCAAUGACACUAACAUGAUUGCCUGAAUGAGAAGCUGAUCUAAAAGCAUAUACAUUUUAGACCACUGCCACAUCUGCCCCCUCUGUGUGUGUGUGUGAGCAUCAAGGGUAGGUGUUGCCAGGGCAACAGAUUGGGUCCGUCCGUGCGUGCAUGCGUGUGUGCGUGUGUGUGUUUGUGUGUCUGUAGGUGUGCUUGCUCCUGCUAAUAGAGUGAUCGAUGUUGCAUGCGUGACACAAACGCCGCUCGUGAUUGUCUAGUUCAUCAAAAGGUGAAAAGACAGAUGUGACACAAUCUGUACGCUUGCUUGUAAUGCCAAACAUGUACAGGUAAACAAACGACAAAUUUAUGUAAAGGACAAAAGCUUGAGACGUUUUACAUAAUCACAUCAGGUAUCCAGCCACAUUCGCCUCACCUGUGCCGUGCCGUCUCAGUUUGUCUGAGCCCCAAAACAGUCACAUCUGCAGUGUCUUUGUCUAUGUUUAAUUUAUUAUUCAUGUCGUUAUUAUUGUUUAGGAGCCAUUAGACAGAUACAUUGAAUGAAUUAUACAUGCUCUCCAAUUUUACGUGUCUGUGCAGCGAUAUUUCACUUUUUUUUCCCCUGUAAGUUAAACAGAAGAAGUGUCUGGGAAGAAGUUACACAGGAGGGAUAAUGUUAAAUGUCAGACUACAUGAAAAAAUACUGGAGUUAGCAGACAGUCAGUUUCAGGCCUCUGUUCAUUUAUACUGUGGUGGAGGGUGCCUUUGAUUUAUGAAUCUGAUUUGUGAAUCGCUAAUGUCCAGCUCACAAUGGCAUGAGUCCAGGAGAGACUGACCCGCUCUAUUUUGUCUGCUGUGUCUGAACAAAGACGAAAGUAACACGUCUUUGGAAACUCGCCCAAAGUUUCAAUUUGGAAAAUGCGAUGGGUGUGCCGUUCAUGUAUUUGUUUAAUAUUAUGUUCACUUGAGAGUUGGUGUGUGUGUGUGUGUGUGUGUGUGUGUGUGUGUGUCCCAGAGCCAGCCUAUGGCUCUAACCUCUCCCGUUGACAUUGAGCUCUGUGCUGUUGCCGUUUACCAGAGUAAAGCAUGGUUUAAUGAGGGGGGCAAAGAAGACAACACACACCCACACACGCACACACAUGCUCAGAGACAUGCAUACGCACACACAGACAUGCACAUGUACAACACCAGAGGGGUGUUUCACAGCUCCUUAUAUUUGAUUCCUAUUCUUUUAUCUUUAAUCAUUCCUCUGUCUUUUGGGUUGAGAGAUAUUUUAUGUUUGGAGAGCGCCAAGUUAUAAUCACUAAUUAGUCCUCCAGGCUCUCUCUCCUUUCCUCUCUCUCUUUUUCUCCUCCUAUUUGUCUAUUUCUCCAUUCCUCUCUGAGCCAAGCCUAGCCCAAUUAACACCCAACGUCAUUCUGUGACUGUUGUGACUUCCAUUUCCGCUCAGACUCCUGACAUCCAUUCUGUCCUGCUGACCAAACCGGCAAUAUUGAAGCGAAAUGUGCUGCAAUGCAAAGAAUUAAUUAGAAUCUCUCUAUUCAUGAAAUGUAAUUUCCUUGUCGAUACAUGUAAUUAUCCAGCAGGCCUUUCAUUUUAAAAUGGGACUGAGCUCAGUAAAUUCAACGUGAGCAAAGAUGCCUCAUAGAUGUGAUAUUUCCACUUAUUUUAGACAUGCAGAUAUUUCAGCAAACACAAGUUCACAAGGGGCCAGGAUUAACCAGGUUUUACAAGUCUAGUCAGAAAAAGCCAGGUGUCUGAGGCGGGGGUUAGUGUUGCUUCUUCUCUUCUCUCUUCUCUCCUUUUCUCCUCUCGUCUCUAAGAGCCCCACAUUUCCUCCUGUUCUAUUUUCUCUGCGUUGCACAGACCCACUAUUUAUCUUGCCCACUAUAAUUUGACACAAAAUAUUGUUAACUGGAGACACAGAAAUAUAUUAAACAGUGGGAAUGUGCGACCGAGAUUGUGAGGGUGUUGUGUGUGUGUGCCUGAGUUAGUUAAUGUGUGCCCGUCCUGCCUGUGAGUGUGUCUUUGUGUUUUAACUUCAUGUUCGGUUCCAAGCCCAACCAAACAGAAGUGAAUGACCGGCAGAGUCUCCUGUAAUGAGGAGCCAAACUGUGCAGUGGAGACAUUACUUUCUGUAUCCUUAAAUGUUCCCACAUAGAACCUCUGUAAUAUGAGUCCUGUGUAAAUUAGAUUUAACUCAGUGGAGACUGAUAAAGUAUUAAAACGUGUAUGUGUGUCUGUGUGUCUGUGUGUGCAUGUGGACACACAUAAAGGUGGACCUUAUUCUCCUAUUUACAGCACUUGUACUGCAUGUGUUGGGAUUUGUCUGGACAAUUUUAUACCUGGUUUUAACUUUUUGCUCCUUUAAACUGGAAAAGACUGAAGUGCCAAGCAUAUUUUACACCAGCAUGAGACGAUUUUACACGUUUACAGCCCCAAAAUAACAGUAACAUCACACUGCAAGUCAAUCACUGCCGUUCCUGGAGCUCUGUUGAUGUGUUUUUCUGACUUUUAGUGAGGCUGCUUCAGUGAAACAUCUUUAUUCAUAUUGCACCUGCAUAGGCGAGUAGUCUUUGGCCGAAUGCAUAUGAUAGGGCUCAAGUCUAACAAUAACAUUUACGAUAAAUUUACAUGAUCAUUCUUCCUGAGUGUGUCUGCAGACAGCUGAGAUUUCUUCAUGGAUUGUUGAAGAGGCUUUUUUUUGCACAGGGUUGUUGCUUCGUCACUGUUGUCUGAGGAUUUCAGAGUUGUCCAACUGCAGUUGUGAAAGGCAGCCGCUACAAAGACUAUUUUGUGUCAAAAAUUUGUGGAAAUAUUUCAAAUCUCUCUGACAACUUCACUUCUCUGAAAAUACAAUCAGUCAGCCGAUUGUGCUCCACCAGAAAUCCCAACGUAUUGAUCACUUUCUUGUAAAUUGUAGACUAGCCACAAAAUUCUUCCACUCAUUAAUUCAGAUUGCAUUUUACUAGAUUCAUUUCUGCAUUGAUAGCAUUUAACUACUUUACAUUUCUCUACUUUUUAAAUUUUUUUUGCUGUUGCCUGCAAAAUGUUGACUUGGUCUCUACAGAAUAUUCCCACACUGCUUAUUAGGACAUUUCUAAGUUAUGACUUUCUUAUAUUCAGUGCAACAUUAUUAUAUUCAUGAAGUCAGAAAAAAACUCUUUUAACACAAACAUUAAGAAUGUUUCCUAAUGGGUACACACAUUUGUUUGACAUGCAAAAGUUGACUGUAAACUUCAAGCAGAGCACCAACCCUGUGGCUACUCUAAAACUUUCUUGUUAACCUUUCUACAGCACACAGACAGGAAGUAGGCUGCAAAUAUGAAAGAUAUCAGGUGCUAAGGAAUAAAACUUUGCAGACUUAUCUUCUAAGGGGCUGCAAAGCUCAUCAGACCACUUUGUUUGUUUUCUCUGAGGUUGUACAGGUGUCUAAUUGACAGUUUUGUUUGAUGUGAUAUUGCAUAGAUGAAUGUUUUGGCCUCAUAGGCUUUAAUCUACCGGUGGCCACUUUUUAACUUCAGCUCCUUUUUUUAAAUUAAAACUGGUAGGAUUAUGUGGUUGUGUAAUUGCAAAAUCAAUGUUGUUACUGCUCAGCAAAAAUACAACAUAAUGAUAACAAAUGUCAGACAUUGCUGCUUCAGAACAUUUUAAUUUUCUUCCAGUCAUUAUCAAUUUACUCUAUGCAUUUGAUGUGAUAUCUGUGUGUGCAUGGGGACUGGUUAAUAUAGUAUUUAGGAGUAAAUUGCACUAACACAGAGAUGAAAGUUUUUAAGAUUCGGUGUAGCAUUUCUUAAGGUCUGAGUUUUUUUUGUUAAUGUGAGGAGAAGUUAUAACGUCUUGGAGCACACCUGCUGUGUUUACUGCACAUUGUUCACCAUGUUCAUCAACUGCGUUUUGGCUUCAUGUGGUCUUCUUUACAAUUACAAAUGUUUCCUGAAACCUAAAAUAGACGAGGCAUGUAUAUAUUGAUCAGAGAACACCGACUGGUAAUAAAAGUUCAUUUUACCUUUAACCAUGACAUUCAGCUUAUAAAACUGUAUCAUGUUGCUGUAGUACUCACACACCCCUCAUGACCUGGCCAUGUAUGAAACCAUAAUAAAUUAACCUCAAUCUCAAUCAGGUCUGAUUUUUCCCACAGACCUCAGUCAACAGCCUAGUCAACACAGUAAUUGGCCUUCUACUAGGGCUGGGCGAUAAAACGAUAACGAUAUCUAUCGAAAAAUUAUUUUCCUCAAUAUCAAUAUAAAACAUGGUCAACAUGCUUUUCAAUAGCCAGCAUUCUGCCAUGUUUCGCUAGACUAUAUGAAUAGCCAAUGAAAAGGGGAGUUGCUCCGGGUCUGCCUUAUGCCGAAUCAAUCUUGUGCUGAAUUAGAACCAAGUAGCAAACAACUGCGUAGUAGCAGGCUGCAGCUACACACAACCAUAGCACUUUAACAGGUGAAGCUGACAGCGCUAUCAGUGAGAAAAAAAGAAAAUGAGUGCUACCCCUGGCAGAAAUGCAAAUGAAGGCUCAACAGAUGAUGACAUCGUCAACAACACUUGCACGAAAACAUCAGUGGUGUGGAGGUAUUUUUUUUUUUUUUUUAGGUCAGACAUGAAGCAGAGUAAAGUGCACUGCAAAUUAUGUUGAGUACAUGUCGAGGUAUACCUCAAAUCUUUUUCACCACCUGAGGCAGUGCCACGUGGCAGACCAUGCACAAUGCAAAAGGUUACAAACCCCGAGCGGAGCAAGGAGCAGAGACAGCCGUCCAUUCCGCUUUCACUAGCUCAACGCUGUACAACAAAACGUCAAAGAGACACAAAGACCUCACAGAUGCAGUAGCUUAUUGUAUUGCAAAAGACAUGCUACCAAUAAGAACUGUUAAAUUUCAUUUUUUAUAUUCUGACAUAUAGUGAUAUGGACUGAUAUGAAAAAAAUAUAUUGUGAAAAACUUUUCCCAUAUCGCCCAGCCCUACCUUCUACUCUAUAAUAUCCACACUAAAAAACAAUAUAAGUGAAGUGUUUCGCUCUCUGCAACUAGAAUUCCUGCUACUAUUAUCCUGUAAAUUUACACAUUCACAAUAUUUAUUCUGGGACAUGUACAGUAUAUGGUGACUGGUUAAUAUAGCGUUUCCUAUAUUUACCAUAAUAGACACACGAGACCCUAUGUGCAUAUAAUGUUUGUGUGAGUGUAUGUGUGUGUCUAGUGUUUCCCCUUCCAACCUGCAGUUCUGCCUGGCACCCCUAUUCUCCUGUCUCUACCCUCUUCUUCCUCACACUCACUCCUCUUUUUCCCUCCUGCUGAUGUAUUGAACGUCUACUCUCAUAUGGAGUGUGUUUGUAAAAGUCACGAUAAUCAAAUUUCACUGAUUCCCAAGGGAUUAAACAGGGUGGCAUUUGUGCGAGUGUGUGUUUGGGGUCUGUGCAUGCACAAUAUUAACUGCGUAGCAAGUUAUGUAUUGUAAUGCAGCUGUGUCAUUAGUCGAGGACCAGCUCGGCUGUUAUCUAUCAUCCAUCAUCUUGUUCUCUGAAGAGGAAACUCUUUUAGGAAUACUGAUACCUCAUUUGCAUUCUGGCACUGCGUAUAUUUAAUUUUUUGAAUGUAUAGUUGAUAUAAAGCGUCGGCCUAGGGGGCGAUAACCACCUCAUACAGAAGUGAGAGCAUCUCACUUGUUUCUUGGUUAAGUGACAGUGAUCCAGUGUUCAUCUAUGCCUCUGGGUGCUUUACAGGGGAAGUUUGUGCUAACACAAUCUCAGUCUCCUUAAAGAUUCCUCUGUAAUACUUGGAGCAAAAAAUGCGAUCGUUAUCCUGUGAAGUGUUCACUCACUACUCCAGCGAAACAGCAACAAACAUGGCAACAGUGAGAUGUUCCAGCCCAGAAACAGGUAUUACCAAGUGUUAAGCCUGUAACUGCAUGAGUGCCUCUUGUUGGCAGCAUGUAUGCUCUGGCUGAAUGUUUGUAAAUGCAGCGUGCCAGUUUGCUGGUCUUAACAAUAUCCAGCACACAACAUCAGCAUCACUCUCUCAGUGAGGCUGUAAGCUGCGCACUCUGUCUGCUCUAAGGUGCCAUUGCCAUGUUGAAGUAGAAAGUCACACACCAUUACAGUUUAUAUGAGGUGGAAAGUUACCAGGACAGCACGGCAGGCAAUGACUGAUGUCUGUCUCCUCUAAAGUCUCUAAAAGUGCAUUAAAUUAGAACAAUUACUAAUUAUCUUUGACAGAACUAUACGCAUUGAGGUGAAGAAAUAUAUCUUCAAAAGAUCACCACUGUUGUCCUACUCUCAACAAUGAAAGGAUUUUUAAUAUUUUUCUUUCUCCUUGUUAUUUAUACACAUGCAUCUUACAUUAUAAAGAGGUUUAAAGAUAACUAACAUACUACUGCGCCCACUGCAUGAGUCAGAGUGUUUGCAGAGAGGGUGCUGACACCUUGCACAGUGCAUCAUCACUGUAAAUACACUGUAUCCUCAGUGAAGAGGAGUCCCUUUGGAUCUAUUGAUUCACUAUACUGUACACUUAUAAACUAUUAAUGGCAUGGAUUACGUUGAUCAGACAUUAGACUUGACGGCAUCUCACUGCUCAUGUAAUUUGUAAGCUAUGGAAGGAGUACAGUCUGUCCUGUAGUGGUUCAAGCGAAGUGAAAGAAAGGCUGAAUCAUUAAGAUGAAAUGGUCAGUCAAAUUCAAAGUGAGGCAAUUUACUAAUGUUUUCUACGAAACACAAUUAAGAAGUUGCUCAUGCUGGCUGAAUUUUGCUGGCCACUAAAUUCACGAAAACCUUCUCUGGGAUUUUUAGAAACUUAGCUGAAUAAAAAAGAUCGUUUCAGCUGAGUAGAGUUUCAGUAAGUUUAUUCUUAAGGGAAGGGUUUAGAUGGGAUUUUACUCGAUCUUUCAGUUUCUUGUGCUUUUGUUUAAUUAUCAGUAAUCAAUGGUGGUUGGCUGACUAAAAGUGCAUUAAAUUGUUAGUUUUUAUAGUGAAAUGUCUUAGCAAUGAGGGAUUUACCAUUUGAAGCGCAAGCUUUCAGUCAUCAGAAUUUAAAAUCAAUGCAUUUGGGACUCUUUAUUAAAUCAUUUGAAAGGUACAUCACAUUUCGCAAUACCCUGAAAGAGUGAUUGCACGGCCUGUACGAACAGUCUGUUCAGGGCGACUGCCUAAGGCUUAAUCCUGGUUAGAGACAGACAUAACUACAUAACUUCGCGUUGGUAACCUUUCAUGUUUACUUUGUUGUAACUUCACCGGCAUGUCUCCUAAUAUGUAGCCACGUCAGUAAUGGGACGAGAGUAUAAACUCAAUGGUGCAGACAGAUUUUACAUCAGUAAAUUGAUGCUUGUCUUUGACAGUUUGUUUUUGAGGCUUGAGGAGAGUUAAAUAUGUAUGACUUCAACAUGGGUGGCUUGGAGAAUUUCUUCCAAAACAACAAACAAAUGACAUGAAAUCUUUAUUUGGCAGAGACAAACAGAAUUCUGAAUUGAUUUUUGGAGACAGAGGAGUCCACGUGAGCUCUAGCAGUUAACUAGAUUUGUUUGUUUCUUCUGAAAUGGAGCUACAGUGAUAUUUACCUAGAGCACACACACACACACACACACACUCAGACACACACACACACAUUCCAACCAGGUGCAUAACCUCUGACUGCAACGCUCACGCAUACACAUGUGGUCCCGUCUUCAGUGUGUAGAGAAGGAGACAAAACCUAAAGAUCGCCACGGAGACCCAUCUUUCAAAUUUAUUCAUUAAACUCCCAAAUGCUCCCCUUAACGAAUGUAAUUAGAAUAUGGUAAUGAGAGAGGGCUGAACCAGGGAGUGUUGUAAUACGCUUAGCAGCACAGAGGGAGAGGCAGGGAGAGAGAAAGACAGAUAGAGACAUGGAGGGGAAGAGAGUCGGGGAGUUAGAGGAGAGAGAAAUAGAGAGACUGACUGACAGGGUGCCAAUUUAUGUCUCGUUGUAAACAAGUAUUUAUGCCAAUGAGAGGUGGCACACACUACCCCCCCACCCCUCUCCUCUCUUGCCCCUUCUUUCUCUUUCUGUGCAGCUCUCUCUUUAACAUAGCAAACCUCCUCGAUACAAUAAGACCAAGAAUAGCAGAGCAGAGAUGAACCUCAGAGGGUAGAGUGACUCACAGAGCGAUGAGGAAUCAGGGGUUAACACAACCGCUGGAGAAUCCUUCAGUAAGACCCCCACCCUCUCCCCACUCUCCUCUCUCUUACUCUCUGUCUUCUUCUGCCUCCCACUGGCAAACACACAUUCGUCAUUAGAGAUUUCAAAUAAACCUCUGCGUCUGCGUGUGUGUGUAUGAGUUUCUAUACAAGUGUGUGUGUGUAUGUGUGUGCGCAGGGUUACCUGGUUAACUUUGUUGGAGUUUUUGAGAAUUCUGACAGGCUUUAUCCAAGACGCCCUAGCGCAGCAGGGGUCCUGGCAUUGUGUUUGACACCACACACCUGUUGCGGCCUUUGAUGUGCUCACCCCCCUGCUGAGACAGAGGGGGCCGUCUCCUCAAAUGCAAAUACGAGGCGAGGGGAAGAGGACAGGUAAGGUGCGCAACAGAGAGGAAGUCUUAGAAAAGGAUGAUUGAUGUUCCCUCUGUGGAUUGGAGCAGACUCGUCCUCACACUCAGGUCUCAGCUUAAGAAAGUUUGUGCAAUGUAUAGGCGUGUGUGUAUGUGUAGCAACCUUCAACAUUUGAACUUCUAAAUAUUUGGCGGUGAUGUGGGGGGGAUGAGAGGGACAGAAAAAAAAGAGGGAGGUGGGUGAAAGUAAAGAGGUCAAACCAAGUGGGGAGGUAGUGAGGGAGUGAAGGAGAGGGGAGAGUGACUAUUUCAUUAUAAAGCCGUCACUCAGCCAGGCAGCAGCCAACACACACUCCUCUGAGACCAAGCCUCUCUGGGUGCAUGUGUGUGUGUGUGUCUGCGCACUCAUUCAUGCCUGUGCACCUUCCCAUGCAUUAGCUUUAACACGGGAGCUUUUUUUGUUUGUGUGUAUGUUGAAGUGUGUGUGUGUAAGUGCAAAUGUGUGUCCGCAUGUGCACAAUGGGGCUGUGUGAAUCUCUGUGACAGAGAUGGAUGUAACAUGCAUGUCUCUCUCCCAACCAGGUGAAAGAGGCGGGUCCCCUUUUGAAGGUCAGACCCUGUCCUCUAAUGAUAAUCCAGCACUACAGGUGUGUGUGUGUGUGUGUGUGUGUGUGUGUUUGUGUGCGUGUGUGUUUGUGUGUUCUCUGCUGUGAGGAGGAGACAGAAAAAGCCAAGACAAGUUUUCCUGUUAUUUAUUUAUUUAUUUACUCCCCACGCGGCCGACUUUGUGUAUUAAUGGACAGCCCAUUUGUAUGCAUGUGUGUACAAGUCUUUUAUGUGUGAAUGUGUGUGUUUCCCAGUGUGUGAUGAGGUGUUUAUAUGAUAAACACGAGGCAAGCUUGAGAGGAAUUCUGAUCAGGGGUUUUGCAACAGUUGUUAUGGAAACAGCAUUAAGCAGUUGUAUUAGCCAGUGGAGGUAAUAUAAAGGCUGUUGAAAGUACCACACAGCGGGGAGCGAGGCAGUUUGGGAAUAUAAUAUAAACUACACAUUAUUGCUCGGGUUUACAAUUGACUUGAUGGAAUUUUAUUGUGUGGUUAGAACAGAACAAAAUUACCCUUUGUUACUCAUUGUCGGGCUGUGUUUGUGUUGAGAGCCAAACAUUUUAAUUAGCCAGGUUAUAGGAACAAAGUACAAACAAGACAUUAUUUUCAAUGUUAUUAUUUACAUUAGCUUAAAGCCAAACACAACCAACUCUUAAAGGGAUAUUCCGGCAUAAAAUUAGGUUAGGGUCAAUCACACCAUAACACAGAGUUAGACACCCACUUGAGAGAUGAAUGUUGCCGACUGCUUGCUUCUCUAGUUGUACCAACUUCAGUAACGGCCACACAAUAGCAAUACACAGCCGUCUAUGGAGCCACACUCAAACCUCAACCAAGAAGCCACUCUAUAGCCACAAAUAAUGCUCAGAACAGCACCUAACUUCAUCAACAGUACAUAUAGGGCCAGUCCAUUACGGACUGCCGCGGGGUUACGCAGCUCAAGGAAGAACAUGGAAGUGCAAUCAGACCGAGACACUAAGGCAGAAGAACUACUGUGUCUGCAGUGCAAAAUGAUUAAUAUGGGGAUUAUUACUUCAAAGAAACGAUAAAGUAAUGAUCAGAAAUGUUCUUCCUCAAGCUGCGUCACCCCAUUGCAGUCGAUAGACUCGCCCGGAGGUCUCCAUACAAACAAGCGGCUGCUGGAAGAGAGUUGGUGAGUUGUGUUUAGUCUCUUUUCUAAAGAAAUUAGGCAAAGCUAAAAAUAUGUUUGGUGGCUAGUGCUAUGGCUGGGACCGUAUAUGUACUGUUGAUGAAGUUAGGUGCUGUUCUGAGCAUUAUUUGUGGUUAUAGAGUGGCGUUUUGGUUGAGGCUUUUGUGUGGCUCUUCAGACCGCUGUGUGUUGCUAUCAUGCGGUCGUUACUAAAGUUGGUAUAACUAGAGAAGCAAGUAGUCAGCAACAUUCAUCUCUCGAGGGGGUGUCUAACUCGGUGUUACGGUGUGUUUGACCCUAAAUUAAUUUUAUGCCAGAACAUCCCUUUAACUUCUAUUUACCAGUAGUCUACACAGGUUUGUGUUUAAAAGCAGCCAUAGCUCCAUGAUGUCAGGGAUUUCAGAGGUUAUUCAGUCCCGUUGUGAGAGACUAACCCUGUCACGUUUCUGUCAACAACCAUGGAUAAUAACAUCCCCACAGGCACCUUCUCCGUUUUAAUGGAUUAUUGAUUAUCAUCGUUCAAAUCAUUUUUCCUCACAAUAUAGGUUUAGUUAGUGAUUGCUAUUAUUCUUCAUUUACAUGAUGAGCCCUCGAAGGAGGCGUGUUUAAAAAUAGAGCUUAAUCAAUAACAUGUGGGUUGAACAAACGGCUGAGAUAGUGCUUCGCUUUGGAUCAAAAUAUCAACCUCAGAGAAGAGAGCAGUCUGCAAAAACAUGAAAAUAAUAAAAACGGGAGACAAUUUUUGGAUCGGGUGUCUAUCACUGUCAGACACUGACGGGCUGUUCUGGGAAGGAAGGAAGAAAUCGGCGGAGGUACUCUGGAACAAAUUACAGCAUCAGCAGACCGCCCCUGUAGAGCUGCAGUUUGGGUAAUGCUAAUGCAGUCCUUUCUUCCCAUAUAUGUAUACAAGACCUACCACGCUGAGGAGGGUGGCUGAUUUGUGGCUGAACAGGACCCUUUAGUUCGCUGCCUCCCCUGCACCGCCAAAGUAAAGUCUUCGAUGCCAAAUGAUCUCUGUGGUGAGAACCAGAGGCAGCCAUCAUUUCAGGCACUGCGAAUGGAUGUGACAGUUUCAGUUUACAGACAACUCUGUUUUCCCCCAGAUCUCUGUCAGGGUGAUGCUCAUCAUCAAACUUCAGAUGCGCAGGCACACACACACACACAGACACACACACACACACACACACACACACAUACACACUGAAACACACAUACACACAUAGUAGCCCUUGGCAAGACCCUAUAAUGGAAUCUCCCUGGGGAGAGCUCCUGGAUAAGUCUGUUGCAGUGUAGGCGACCUCCCCCACCCUCCUUCCUUUUUCCCCCUCCCUCCUGUGGAGGUCUCCCUGAGGCCUGUUAGUGUAUGUGAAUGUGUAUGUGUGUGCAUAUGUGUGUGUGUGUGUCUGUCUGUCUGCUUUUUCUGUACAUGCCACCAGUUUCUUGGAGGGAGAUGGUCUCAGUGAUGCGUGAGUGGGAGGCUGAUUUCCCCAACUGCAUCGCUCGCUCCAAUCUAACUUCCCACUCAUGUGCUCUGCUUUGUUAGAUAUUUCUUAAGUAACUCUCUUCCUCACUAUCCUCUCACACACAUGCACGUCCAGGCAGACAGGAAGAGGUGUGUUGGGAAAAAGUGUGUCUGUCUGUACAUUCAUCUGUGCCUGUCGUAAUGUAUUAUUAUGUAGACUCACACAGACAUGCAGAACGUCUGGGUUUCUAGAGUAGAUCCCUUGAGAAAGACACUUGUCCCUGUCGCUGUGUCUGGCACUGCUAAUGCUCUCUUAUACACACACACACACACGCAUGCACACAUGCACACACACACUCUCAGUAUUCCUGAAGGGUCAGUGUGUCGCCAGGCAUGCUCAAAGCGCUCCAUCACUGCUUUCCGCUGGGACAAUAACUGUGACUUCCUGAGGAUCGACCUUCACCAUCUCACUUCUGUCACUCUUCACAUGGCCGCGCGCGUGUUUGUGAGAGAGAUAGCGUCAGUGCGUGUCUGCACUGCGAGUGUGUGUAUAUGUGGGUGUGUGGGUGUGUUUUAGAGUGUGUGUCAGGCUGCCAUUUCAGCUGACUCUUCUGUUUCUGGCUUUUUAAUGGCUCUUAUGGGGCAGGCCUUUAAUUGCAAGUCUCUUCCCCUCCCUUCUUAAUCCUCCCAUCCUUCUGUCUCUCCCAGCCCCUUGUCUCCUCUCUGCGUCUCCUCUUUCCUCCUGCCUCCCACUGGCUGACAGUCACUAGGGGAGCCCUACUGCCUGGCCGGGACUGUGGAGGCCGUAUAGGAUAUUGACUUGCUGCGGAGUGGUUUGGGAGGAGGAGAGGUGGCUGCCUGUCACAGCUAAUGAAUAGAUGCAUAAGUGAAUGAGACACUACUUGUGUGUGUGUGCGUGUGUGUCUGUUGGUGUAUUUUGGUGUCCCCAGCUAUGGCUUAAGCGUUUAUGUGCCUAAGCCAGACAGACAUUAACAGUGGCAAGCCUUGAUAGUGAUAAUUAUUAAGGGUGUGAUGACAGUACCUCCCACAACACACACACACACAUAUUUAUAUGUAAACACAUUAAAUUCAGAGCCAGGCGGAUGGGGGGUGAGGGGGAUGGGGCGGGGGGUGACUACCGAAUGGAGGAUACUAAAAAAAACAAACAAUCCAGUUAAGUGCCAGCACCCUCCAGCUGCUCUCCCUUUUCCUCUCUCCCAGCCUUUCUUCCCUUCCUCUGUCUUUGUCCCUCCAUCUCGUCUGAUCGGUGUGGAGCUAAAGUGCUCUCAUGCCAAACUGGGACAAAUACCUAAAAACACACACACGCACACACACACACACACAUACACACACACACACACAAAUUCACACGUACAGAAAGAGGCAGAGAGGGAGAGGAGGUCUGGAGAGGAGGCUGUUGAUCUGAGGGGGCAGAUGAAGGAGUGUUGGAGUGUGUAUGUCUUCUUCACUAUUGCUUUGUGGCACAUUUCAAACACUGAUUGCCUUAAGAGGACAAUUUACAUUUCAUAGUCUUUCACAACAAGUGGGUGAGCUAGGAGUCAGAGAUAGGAAGGGAGAGAAUGAUGUUUCAAGGAGGAAGCCAGGGGUGAGAGAGUUCAGCGAGCAAAGGGAAAGAAGCACUGUUGCAUGAGCAAGUAAAAAGCAGCAGCAGGUAUAAACAGUAGUUUCUUUCGGCUGCAUCUCCUCGUGUCUCUGUGUGUAUGGACGUUUUGUUUUCCCUCACUCGGAAGAAUGAACCUGUAUGAUUUGAACCCUAUUUUUUUUACCCCCCUUAUUGGAUUCAUGUGAGUGUAGAGGAAGAAUAGAAAUAGUGUGUUGAGGAGAGGAGAGCUGAGGAGAUGAAAAGAGAGCCAGAGGAAUUAAGAAUCAAGUUAGGAGCAAGCUUUAUCUGACGGGAAACUGUGAAACUGCUAAGUACAAGAAAACUUUUCCUAUCAGCCAACUCUCUAAGCUAGUGUUUGGGCCUGAACCCCCACUGUGUGUGUGUGUGUGUGUGUGUGUGUGUGUGUGUGUGUGUGUGUGUGUGUGUGUGUGUGUGUGUGUGUGUGUGUGUGUGUGUGUGUGUGUGUGUGUGUGUGUGUGUGUGUGUGUGUGUGUGUUUACGUUGCAUGUGUCGGUGAAUUGAGGAGAUAGCUUUUCCUCUCCGGUGGAGAGGACAUCGGUGUGUCGGUGAGCGUGAUUGGUUGUUGGCCCUCAGGGACCGUCCUCCGUAUCUGCUUCCUGACUGGCUGUGAUGCAACCAAUCAGGCGCCAGGACAUCGCCGCGGCAAUCAGAUAGUGACACGCUCUCUGUGGGCAUCAGCAGGUCAUCUGGAAAUACCUGUUUUGUUUUAUCUCUCUGUGACGCACGCACACACACACACACACAUGCACGUACGUAUGCACAAAUGCACACACAGCAAUGUAACCUUUUUGUCUUUUGUCUCUUCAGGAGAUUGCUGCAUAUCUCAUCACUUUUGAGAAACAUGAUGAGUGGCUGACGACAUCGCCAAAAACCAGGUGAGGAGAUUGCAGAUAGUGGUUUCCACACACGUACACCCAGGUACAAACACGGCAUCGCUCAAUCAGCCAGUGAGUCACGUUGGUUUAAUCUAAAUGACUGAGUGCCUGUGUUUGAUUAAAACAUUAGUGAUGUACUUCCACUAUCUCCAAGGGCUCCCACUGACAGCCCGCUCCACAUGUAGAGAGCGCUCCAGAAUAUGGCCGGACUGUAAAGCACCUCGUCAGCUGGAAAUGGAGUAAUAAUGAAUGUAAAUGUAUUAGGAUAAGUGAUGUAUAAUUCAGAUACAGCAGGGUGACGAGGGGUUUAAAAAGGGAGAGGUGGGGUUUGUGUACAUAAGGCGGUGUGUGAACAGGGAUUCACAUGGCAGAACUGAAUAUUCAUCGAUCCGAAUAGGUAGCUUUUUUUCCUCGAAAUGGCAAGAGGUAGUAGUCAGACAGGGAAGACGCAGGAGGAGAAAGAAAAGCUGAUGGAAGAGGGCUGUUUAAAUUAUUGAUAAAUGACCUUAUUGACAUUUGCUUUGAUUAAUACAAAUGUAGCUGUGAUAAAAAGAAGAAGAAAAAAAAAAGAGUAGAGAAAAUAAGUGAAGUAAGUGUAGAGGUCACCUCCUGGCACUAUUUCUGAUUACUGACACAGCUGAAAGCCCGAGGUGAUGCCUGUGCGCUCCCAUUGUGCCAGCUGAAGGACUCUUCUCAGGAGCAGCCUGAGGCCAGCUGCACGGUUUAUGUUGUGGAUGGAUUUCUCAUUGAUUGGUUGUGCUGCCGUACAGCCCCAGCCUCCCAGCAUCUACAGAAGCAGCAGCAGCAGUCAUAUUGGUGUUAUUGAGCAGCAGUUAGAUAUAAUCCCAUUUACACAUGACACGAGGCACGAUUAGAACAGAUUACACCUAAUCCCAUCAGAUGGAAAGGAGCUCAGCUAACGGAGCCAAUGAUAUUUAUGUGUGGCUUUGCGUGACUGCGUUUGUGUGUUUUAAUCUGUACAUGUUAACAUACACUUGUGGGGUUCGAUAUGAAGAUAACAAUCAAUGACCUUCAUUUCUCCCUUCAAGUGAAAUAGCUCAUCAAUUCAAAGUAAUAACUGUUACCUCCUCUUUCCUUCACUUUUCUACUCCUCCUCCUCUCCUCCCUUUACUGGACUCACUCACUCACUCGCUCGCCCACUCCGUCUCUUUAUCUUACCGUCUCUUUUUUUUAUAUCUUUCCCACUCUCCUCCCUUUACCUUCUCUGUUUUCGCUCUGCUACACUGUGGAACGGUGGAAAAGCUUUUUAUAUCCCACACAUCACAGCCCAGUUACAAUCAAUAGCAUUUAUGUCUGCUUGAAUCAGAGGUUUUGUGAGGAACAUGGGCAUCAUCCACGUGUGCAAACACACGCACACACACAUAUUCAUGAACAUGCACGUAUUUCCCACCCUCCCACACACACACACACACACACACACACACACACACACACACACAGAGGCACACAUCUGAUCUCAUCCAUCUUCUCCAUAACAUAAUUAGAAUCAGCAGCUCUGAGAUGACUCACACCGCUCGAGACAGAGACUAAACUCGGCUUUGAUCGGAGGGUGGGGGUCUCCACUCUGCUAAGAAGCUGGCAGGCUCGCCCCAAAACAGAGCAGAUUUAAGGUGUCAAAGAAAAUCAGCUCAAAGCAAAUUCAAUUUCACUACACACAGUGUUCUGAGUAGAUUGCAAUCAUCUCAGUCCAUAUAGGUGGGUCCACAUCAAAAUCCAGGGGAGGAUAGAGGAGGGUAAAAAAAGAGGAGACAAUGAGAGAAUAUAAGGGGAGGAAAUAAGAGGAGACACACAAUAAAAGAGCAGUUUCAAGAAUAAACAAUGUGAGAUCAAGUAUAUAUAUAUAUAUAUAUAUAAGUGAAGAAUGUUGGAAGUGAAGAAGCGGUAAAUAGAAAAUAAAGAGAUCCUGUGAUAAGAGGGAUAAAGACUGAAGGUUGAUGGAGAAGGGCAGAGAGAGGAGAGAGGAGGUGUGUGUGUGUGUGUGUGUGUGUGUGUGCGUGCGUGUGUGUGUGUAUGUGUGUGUGUGUGUGUGUGUGUGAGGGAGAGAGCACUUGUGAGUAUGUGUCAGUUUAUUGAUUGUUAACGGGCCUGUUCUCUUUCUGUUGUCAUGAGAUAAGGCAGAGAAGCAUUUUUGCUCCACCUACACACACACACACACGCACACACACACACACACAUAAACACACACCUGUCCUUAACGUUUUAGAAGUGUAAUGAUUGAUUGCUGAGCAGCAGGUCUGACAUUGAGCCUGAAGAACACACAGCAGUAGGUCUUGCCAGGUCUUAUAUCAUUAUAGCAUCUAUGUGUUUCCACAUGUACUGUGUGUUUGUGUAUGUGUUUCCCACCAGGUGUAAAGAGAAUAGCAGCUUAUAGGCAAAUGUUCCCGCUGUGCUGAUAAAUCACUUUGCUACAAUAUUAGCAUGUAGGAGUGUGAGUCUACGUAUAAGAGGGGGGGGGCUGUAAACUUGACUGUGAGAGGGUAAUAUUGACACAACAACAUGAUUUGCCUGUGUCAGCGAGUAUUUAUGAAUCGGCAAUGCAGGAGAAAUCUUUGCUACUAGUCGGUUUCCCUUUUGCUAAAUUUUCAGUUUUAAAGCGUUUAAUACUACACCUAAUGUGUUUUUAUGCUUUCCUUUAUCAGGCCUCAAAAUGGCUCUAUGAUCCUCUACAAUCGCAAGAAGGUGAAGUACAGAAAAGAUGGCUACUGCUGGAAGAAAAGGAAAGACGGGAAGACCACCCGAGAGGAUCACAUGAAGCUCAAAGUCCAGGGAGUAGAGGUGAGAGACUGCAGCAGAAAAACAAGUCGAUGAACAUGCUUGGCGCUGACUACAGUUUCACUGCCAAUCCCGUCCUAAACUUACUCUCCUUGACUCCAAGGAGACACAGACAUGCAACACAAAUGUACACACAAACACACAUGGUGAAGCCAAUGUGUUUUUCGUAAGAGCGAGUGGUGCCCCUCUCUCUUUACUCCCCUCCCUACUUGUGUCCCUGUCUCCUUUCCUCUCCCUGCCUCUCCCUCUGUCUCUCUCUCUCUUUCUGAAGGAUAAGAGUGUGUUUGGCCUGAGGCCAGGAAUGAUGUCAAUGCCUCCUUCAGCAGAACAGAGAGGGGUAUCGAUCCAGUCUCAAGGCAGCGUCUGUGCGUGUGUGUGUGUAUGUGUGUGCGUGUGUGUUUGAGUCACAUCAGCCAGCUCAAAAAUUGAUUAUUCAGCAGGAAUAUACGGAGAGGUGAGAGAAGCGAGCAUGCAUAUGUCAGAAACAAAAAGAAUGAGGUAGAAGGGAGAGUGAAGGUGGGGCCAGGGGAGGGCACAUAGAUGUUUGCAGAGGGGCAGAUAAUUUUGCUUUAAAGGUGAGCAGGAGACGGGCGAAACAGACACGGAGGUAGAAGGAAUAAUUGAGAUCAAGUAUUCCCAUUUGCACCUCUAUUAUUUACAAGCUCACACUCCCAUUGACAUUCAUCGCACAUGCAAUAUUUCUGCAAUCAUGGAUGAAUGCACACACACACACACACACACACAUACAUAUAUAUAUACAAAGGCGAGUGUUCCUCUCCCUGGUAGUUGCUCAGUAAUUGUUUGUGUCACAUCUUCCCAGGACCCCCUCAAGCAAGCAAGCAAGCAGUGUGUAGAGCAGGGGACGGGAAUGAGGGAGAAGCGGAGCGGUGAGAUGAGCAGAGGGAGAGGCAGGAAGCAGGAGAGAAAAACAUAACCCUGGAUGAAGAGCCUCCUCAUAUCGAAUGGAAAUAUAUGGAAAUGCACUCUGCCUUUGGCAAAGCACACUUUAGAUAGAGGGCGGGCUACUUCUGAGAAGAGGCAAAAUGGCGAGAAAAUACGAGUGUCUACAAGAAAGAAAACAGGAGUUGUAAGCUUUGAUUAUAUAUAGCCUGAUUGCUAAGUACUUUUGUGUUCUGUGUGCUAUUUUGUUGUUACACGGUUUGCUUUUGUGUGUGUGUGUGUGUGUGUGUGUGUGUGUGUGUGUGUGUGUGUGUGUGUGUGUGUGUGUGUGUGUGUGUGUGUGUGUGUGUGUGUGUGUGUUAUCCCUGAUUUUAAUGCUUGUGAAAAAAGUCAGUGAUGACCUUGACGGGAGGUAUUUUUGUCGUCACUUUACUCUUGCUGCGUCAAACACUACACACAUACACACACGAUGUAUUAAGGUGCACAGAGGUAUCAAACCUAAAUAUUGAGUGUCAACAGUGAUGCUUUUUAUAGGACAGUGUAAGAAAAACUUUUAUAAACUGGAGCCUGGCUGUUUUUUAAAUUAUCUUCAAUACGACAUUUUCAGUAUCUAGAUAAGUACUUCUCUAAAUUAGAGGUUACAUCCUAUUGCAUCUAAUUUACAUUCCACAUUCACUCCAUGAUUUAGCUUUUCAAUUGUAAGUGUUGUAUUUUAUAGGUACAUUUUAUUCUGCUAUCGGUUCUGAAACAAAGGUUUGAAAUUGCAUCAUGCAGUAGAGAGUGUAAAAUAACAGACGAACUUUUAACUCUAAAAUAUGAUAAAAUAUGUUUGAAAAUAUUGCAAUCUGUAGGUAAAGGAUUGCAAUCUUAUAACACUCACGCUCAAAUGUACACUGUAUUGUAUUUCUGAGGCUUGUCUGCUGUAUCGAGUCUCCCUCUUCAUCUUGUCUGACUACCUCACACUCCACCUUCACUCUGUACUUCCCCGCAUUUUCCCACUCUUCUUUUUUUGCCCUCUUUGCUGUUACUGAUCUAUCUUGCAGUGUCUGUACGCUUACAACAUUGUGACUUUUUGUGAAUUCCAAGUGGCCUGUGUCUAGUCUUGCUGAGGCAGUAUAUUUCACAAUCUCCUGCGCUGUAAUUGUCAACAUCAGAUUUAUGGUAUUUUAGAAACAACAUUAGAGAGGGAAAAAAAUGCAUACAGUGUGUUAGCGAUUUUGUUUUAGCACCGUAAUCAAUACAACCUAAGUGGGUAUAACCUGAGUUCUCCUCUCCUGUCUCUCAUUUACUGUCGACUCCUUCUUUUCUCCUUUUUCCACUUUUGUCUUGCUUACCCCCCCUUUUAAUUUUACCGUUGAUCCUGGCAAUCUCCUCUCCUUUCCUCUCCUCUCUCUAGUGUCUGUAUGGCUGCUACGUCCACUCCUCCAUCAUCCCCACCUUCCAUCGUAGAUGCUAUUGGCUGCUGCAGGUAAGCCCACCCCCUUUCCCUGCCGUGCCUUUUCUCACACGUUUAUUCACUUAUAAAACCGCAUUUUUUUUGUCUGUUUGUUGUUUAAUUUUUACUCUUGACAGCAUGGUUUCCAAAUAAAACCAUACUACUGGGAAAUAUGUUUGAUAUCAUCAGUUUUGCAAAAGUUUUAUCUGAUAGUUUUUUUUUUUAUUUUCCUGAAAUCUAAGCUCAAUCGUUAGGAUCUGCUCUCCUACAUUCAUGAGGCAGUCAGAGGUAAAAAAUACUUAUUCACUUUUAUAAUGACCUUCAGGAAAAAGUAGAGGUCAUUAUGAAAAAUGGUUGCUGAUUUUCAAAGUUCAGUUUCUGACACACACACACUUGGCUAGAAUUCAAAAAUUGAUCCGUAAUUUUUCAGGCCUAUCAGUCUUUUAUGAAGUUAACAUACUGUGAAGAGCUUAAAAAUCAUUUCUUUGCCAGAAGUUGACAGUAACUUCUUUUGCACAGCACACUGUGUUUCAGAACUGUGACUCUCCAAACUUUAGGAGAGCAUCAAGGACUCGGGCUACGCUCUCUAUGUGGUCCUCUCCCAGAAAACGCCCCGGGGCUACAAACAAUACACACAACAUGCCCACACCAACAUGCACAUGCACAGGUGUCCCCUGUGUAUAAAAAGCAUGUUGUUUCAUAUAGAGAUGUUGGAUUCACUCUAUUGCUCUCGUGAGAGGCAGCAGCAGAGAGUAGAAGCUUCACACACGCACACACACACACACACACACACACACACACACACACAUACAUUCUCACUCUGUUGGCCAUGCAAUAACUGGUCACCAAGACAUCAUCAUCCUCAGACAGCAGGUUACAUGAUGAAUCUUAAACAAGUCUGCAAUCAUUCACCCUGCCUCUCUUUUUUUCAAAUCUCUCUGCUCAUUUCAAAGCAAAUGUUGAAAACCCAGCAAUGUUCUUUAAAAGUAGAGAAAAAUGCAUACAUAUUAAUGCAUUCUCUGCGAGGGUUUCUUGCAUAAUUUUUCACCCGAAAUUUACAAGUAUUUUCCAGCCACUGGCCAUAAAUUGAAUUUACCCUAACUUAAUUUAUUUUCUUUUCUAGCAUGCCCAACCAGUUAGAUUCAUGCUGUCUAAAAUUAUAAAAGGAAAUUCUACCUUCUUUAUCUGCAAAAGUGCCAUUUUCUGCUCGUUGCACAGAUAUCACAACACAUCAGUGAAUGUGAUCAUAAAUCAGCCUGUGAGUGCUGUUGCAUUUCACAGUGUGGUGCUGUAGCAGCCCACUGUGCCAUCCUCUUUUGGAGAGAAAAGUGUUCCACCUCAGCAGGUCCUCCCCCUCACCUGAGUCUGUCUACUGAAUCUUUCAUCAAGAGGAACUUCUCUCUCUCUCUUUCUCUCUUUCUCUCCCUCUGUCUCACUCUCUGUGUCUUACUCUGCCUCUCCCUCUGUCUCUCUCUCUCUCUCUCUCUCUCUCUCUCUCUCUCUCUCUCUCUCUCUGUUUCUCUGUCUCUCUCUCAUGCCUUGCUCCCUGCACAUGCACACACAUAGAUACUUGUGAACACACCUGUUGAAUCAUUCAUGGGGUAGAAAUUCCAUAGGUCCACUGGUGGCCUACAGUGUAGUGAGAACUACCCCGAGCCUCUCUCUCUCCCUCUCUCUCUCUCUCUCUGUUCAUCACGCACACACACACAAACACAGAUGUAGACUCUCCCACAGCCUCUGCGGGGUCAGAGAGAGUGAUGAGUGGGCUUGAGCUGUUAAAUCUUUUAUGGGCAGGUGAGGGAAUCUUAUCUGACACGCUAUGUUCGACCUCCUUCCUGACCUCCACGUUCCCUCCCGCUUUCCUUCUCCAUUCCCUCCCUCCCCCCUCCUGUCUGUAAAUAGACUCUUAUCAUUUUAUUCUCUCCCACCCGUAUGCUGGGAGAACAUGACAGUGAAUUAAUAAAGAGUGUUAAACUGAUGCCAUGUCCACACAUGUCUCUGUCUCUCCGUGUUUGUUUGUGCCUGCUCCCGUGCUAAAGAACCCAGACAUUGUGCUGGUGCACUACCUGAAUGUACCGGCGGUGGAUGAUAGCGGAAAGCCAUGUGGUCCUGUCCUCUGCUCCAUCAACACAGACAGGAAGGAGUGGGCCAAAUGGAGCAAGGAGGAGCUCAUUGGACAACUCAAACCCAUGUGUGAGUUAGAUUGUUUCAGCUCUCACCUCCCUCCUACACUUGAGCUCUCAUGUUUCAGCCCUCACACUUUUCCUAAACCCGGGGCGAUGACUCACCUUGGGUCAAUAACAAUACCUCUUGUCAUGGUGCAGUAAUGAUGAAAAACAUGAUGACGUGCCCGAGCCAAGCCGCAAGAUUAAUAUGUGGGAAACCAGUGUAGUAAAAAUAAAAUGGAUAAUUUGGUUCACUGGCUCGCUCGUAGGUUUUGUAAACAACUUGGCAGCGGAAUGGGGCGCAGUCUGGAGCUGUGCCAGUGCUCAUCAGAUGAGACAACACAUUACAGCAGUUUAGGAGAGAUGAUAUGAGAACUUAUCACUUGUAGAAUCUAAAAGUGUGUCAUCUCUGAGUGUUAAUCAUUCAGAAGAAAUAUAUUGUUUUAUGUACUUUAGAGAAAUUUGAAAUUCGAGUGUAACUCUGAACCUACUAAAAAGUGUGUUCAGACUUAAGAAGUGGCCUGGUUUCUAUGUCAGUAUUAUUUAGGAUCAGGACCAUAAUUUUCUCUAGUUUAGUGAUACCAAUGGUUGUUAAAAUUUUAAUUACACUAGAAUUCUUCUAAAGCCACUAUGCGAAGGAAUAUUCAGCACAUAUAUGCCAUUCAACAAGGUUUGCACAUAAAGAGCUGGGUGGUUUUUUUUUUGUUGUUGUUGUUUCUGCCGUUAGCACCAUGCUGCCACCUAGAGGCAGAGACACAUUUCCCGAGAAAGGGAAGGAAAGAAGGAAAGACAGAGGUGCCUGAAAUAUCCAGCAUGUAUUAUUCAUAAACGAGCAUCAGGGAGUAGAUAACUGGAGUACACUCCCUAAUACACACACACACACACACACACACACACACAAACACACACACACACACCCAUACACAGGCUCCCAAUCCUCCCCAUCCUCACCCGUCUUUUGAUCUGGUUCAGAAGGGCAUAUAAGGACAGCUGCCCAAAUCUAAGUGCUUGUUGACUGGAGAAGUACCUCACUCCUCUCUCCCAGCUGAAUCAUAUUCCCUCUCGCUCCUCUACCUGCCCUAAUUUGCUCACACAAACAGUUUCUUCUUUUCCCUUUCAAAGCUCUUCUCUCCUAAUCACUGAACUGAUAUUUCUAUGGUCAUGUAAGGGUUUAAGGAGCAUAAGAGUUUGGACACUCGGUUGCUGCUGCACUAUGAAUACAGAUGAGCUAAAUCUGCUGUAAAUAUGAGCAUUCAUCUUAAAAGUAGAAAUGUAUUUAAUCAUUAGAAUUUUUUUUUAACUAAAAGAGCAUUGUGAUGCAUUAUAUAUUAUGAGUUUUUUGAACACCUCUCACACAACUGCACAGCUUUGAAAAUGAUUUAGUUCAGGGAGCAUUUUUAACACUGGAGGGCGCCAUUACACACUAUCAAAUAUACAGUAUGUGGAGUAAUGCUACAGAAAGACUGACCUGAUUAACCGAGACUGGCCCAUAAAGGGAUGGAAUAAAGACACUUUACAUCAUGUAAUGACUAUGCUGACCUGAAUUUUAGUCACCGUCUUAGUGCAGGAGUUAGGUGUUUUUGACGCGCUUCUAGUACAAUCUAAUGUCCAAUCCGAGGUUGUUGUUCAGUUAUAUUUAUUGAUUAAAUGAAAAACAAACAAAAAAAGGCAGAGACGUCCAACUUACUAUAAAGGCGGUGUGCAUGAUGAGGGUGAGAGUGGUGUCAGAGAUUUGCAGUACAGACCGUAUGCUCUUCCUGUUCCCCAGAUCACUGCUUCACCUGUGUCCCUUUGUAGCAUUUACCUGUCCAUUCACCUGAAGUGCCCCUUGUGGUGAUUGUGCGAGUAACAAAACAAAACCCCAAAAAUAAUCUAGAUAAAAUGGCUCAUACACAUCAUCUUAUACUCUACGUGUCACUCCUGUCUCUUCUGUCAGGUGCUGGGAGCAGCCUGCAUCAAAAAUGUUCCAGCGUCAAGCAGCGCAUCAUCUCAUCCAAGCAGGAGACAGGGGCAGCAGCCGGAGGUGGAGCUGCAGUGGGUUCAGGCGUAGUGGCGGGCCAGAGAGUUGAGGAAGCAGAUGGCACAGAAGUCCAGAACAGCGACGUGUCAGAAGGCCAGACUGAACCCAGUCCUGGAGGAGGAGGAGGCAGGAGCAGAGCAGGCGGAGGAGAACGAAGGAAUGGCAGGAUAACAAAACCCUCCCUCCUCCCACAGAGCAGCAUGGAAGUGUCCUCAUCUACCUCCACUAACCAGGUGGAGGUCCCCGACACUACCCAGAGCUCCCCACUGUCAAUCACCAGCGACAUGGCUGACAGCCCUGCUCUAGCUAUCGGGGCCGGCUUGUCACAGAGCACAGCUGUGUUCAUGUCUGAGGUCACUACACUGACGGGGGAUUCGGUUUACUCUGCUGGUCACACCCACUUGCUGGCAUCCACCCAUGAGAACACCACUGCUGGCAUCCUGUUGGCUGUUGCCCCUGAAAAUCAGAGGUUUUCUUCUUUUCCUGGAGGAGUAGGCUUAAGUGAGGGAGGAGAGUUGGUUCUGUCCAGUUCUCUAGACUCCAGCGGAGGAGUCAGCCUUCCUGAGACCACCAUGACAUUUGACCCUGACUGCUUCCUCAACAAUCCCAAGCAGGGUCAGACGUACGGGGGAGGUGGAGGGAAAACUGAGGGGUGUAACGGUGAUGAUGGGGGACUACAUUGCUCCUCCAAUGGUUUUGUCUACAACCCCACCCUCGUGAACAACAUCAAGACAGAAAACACGUCCCUGGAGCAGCCUCUCUCCGCUCAGAGCAGCUAUGUGGGAGAAGGGACAGGCCUCAGCCCGAGCACCACCUUAGAGCAGAUGGACUUCAGUGCUGUCAUGUCCUCAGCCUGUGUCCCAAGUCUAAGCCAACCUGCACACCACCCCUCCCCGAGCCUUUUCCUCCAGACCUCCCCCCAGGCUAGCCAGCCCUCCCAGCUGCAGACCAAUGGCACUGAGGCGAGGCAGGAAUCAGGGGAGGCUCAGGCUUUCAUAGGCCUGCCUACAGUGCCAACAGACUCUGCAGUCACCAACGGAGACCCACAUACACACCUCCACCAGGCAAGUUCAGAUGAGCAGGGCCUGUGUGGAAGAAACGGACAAGGAGGGGCGGUGGGCUCCUUUCCGUUGACCCCGCAGGAUGCAAAUGCUGACCAGUUAGGUGGCAAGAAACAGCGAGAAGUCAGUGACUUAGAAAAAGCUUCUGAAAAUGGAGGAGGGAUACUAAUCAAGCCUGGAGACCCUCAUGAGGCCUACACAGGUGUUGACUCAGAGCACUACCUGCAAACUACAGAUGAUAAUGGAGGAGGAGAGGAGGGUGGGGGAGGGAGUGGAGGUGGUGGAGGAGGAGGAGGAGGUGGUGGGGAAAAUGAAAUUCUCUGUAAUGGUGUAAGCUUGUCAGGGGCAAGCAGUUCGGUGGUGGCCAGUCCCCAGUCUAUAUCUGCCUCUGGAGGUAUAGAGGGGCCACUCUACAGCUCUCCUCUCCCUCAGCAGGGUGGAGGGGUGGCAGCCACAGCAGCAGGGACAGGAGCAGCCAUCAGUCUGGAGGGCUUUGAGGCGUCAUUUGGAAGUCAAUUCUCUGAUCUCAUCAAUGAUUUUAUCUCAGUUGAGGGCUCUGGAGGUGGGGUAGGGGCUGCCGUCACUGGGGUUCUAAUGCCUCAGGAGGGGGCAGCAGGAGAGGAGCAAGGCACGGGAGCAGGCCACCUGCAGAGUUCAGAGGUGGAGCAGGGAGCUCUUGGACUGCUACAGGAGACUGGGAGGCUGUUUGGUGUGACAGACUACUCUCCAGAGUGGUCUUAUCCAGAGGUUUGUAAACCCAAUGUGAUUAUCGUUCAUUAUUUAUUCAUGGUUGUUCCCUACAGGAGAAAACCAGUCCCUCCACCACCACCACCACCACACAGUGACUGACGGUACCUUGCAGUGAUCUUAAAUGCACAAUUUGUAUUAAGAAGCCAGCCUGGCAGUGUAGUCAUUAAGGACUCAGGAUAUCUCACUCUCAGCUGAUUGGAUUUCGAUGAAAUUUCAACAUAACUCUGAUUCCUCUGGGUGGCCUGAUUCAUUUACCCAUGUACCACUCAUAACACCACAUAUGUGUAAUGUCAUAGGGUAAGGUGCAAAUUCAUGGACAUAUUGCCUCUUAAUGUUUUAUUCCAGAUUGGUGUUUGCUUCAGUUGUCUAAUACAACUCGUGAAAAAAUUUCUCAGGAAGAGCUUCAGUAACCAAACCCAUCUUUUAAACGUGCAUGCUCAGCUGAUAUUUUUCUGCAACUUCUUUCAGUAUCAUCAUUGUUGCAUCAUCCUGAUUAUCCCACAGUUUUUGGGGCUUCUUGAAAAAAUAAUCACAUCACAAUUUUCCUCUAAAGACUUAAAGCAUGACGUCAUAAUAUUAUUCAAAAUAAAAUCUGUAGAUGCACUUCAAACGCCACACAGAAACCCCAGCCAAAUGCUUUGUUGAUGGCUUUUUAUAUCGCCGUUUUCAUUGUUGUGUACUCCUUACCUCACGGUUCCAACAUUUUUGUUUAUGUUUUAUUUUUAGCCCAACAAGAGAAAACAUAUGCCAGCCUGGUUCAGAUGGUUGGAGUAGCUUUGUUCUACUUUAUUCUAUUUAGAUGUAAGGAGUAACACAGUCUCUUGGGGCUUCUACCAGUACCCCCUGGACUCAUAUAUUUCUCAUUUAUAAAACAGCAUGUAGUAUCUAAAGAGGCAAGUUAUAAUAUCUAUGGGUUUAGAUUAUAGGACUUUGGGCCAUUGUGUCAUUUAAUUAUGUUUGUUUAGUUCUGACAAAGUCCAGAUUCUUAACAGAGUGUGUGUACAUGCUUACACUUAAUUACAGCCAAUGACAACAAUGGAUUAUUAUCUUCUAUUAUACUAGCACAGUCUCUCAUUCCUUUUUGGUCUCUAUUUUCCAAUGUAAAGUAUGUUCAGAAACAGUUUUUUAAGGACAAAGAAGCCACAACAUGUGUCCUCUGGCUGAAGUCUGUGUUUGUGCUGCAGGGUGGAGUGAAGGUGCUGAUCACAGGGCCGUGGUUGGAGUCGAGCAGCGAGUACAGCUGUCUGUUUGACCACAUUAGUGUCCCUGCUGCCCUCAUCCAGCCCGGGGUGUUGCGCUGCUACUGCCCAGGUAACACACACCCUUCACCCACCCAACACAGGAAAAACACUUUCCUUUAUAGUUUAAGAUUGCCAUCCUGCUUAUCCUCGUGAUAAACAGAUCCUAUCAAAACAGCUUUUCUCUCGCACAGAGAGAGUGUAAUGUCUGCAUAUUCUUAUCAAGAGGUAAUAGCUGUUUCACUCUGGAUGAUAACAACAAUAAAAAAUAGGAGGAAUGACACUGCAUGGUGGGCUCUGUUUAGAAUUGUGAUUUUCAGUGGGGACACACAAGUCACAUCCUGCCUCACUGAGGUCAAAGAAAACAGCAAGCCUCCUCCAGAUUUAUAAAUGGAAAAAAAACAAAAAAAAGUAUGUAAUGGCAAAUGCGCAGUCCUAAAUGAAUGCCUUUACAUGUAACAUGACUGUCUUGUUCUUUACCUGCUGUCUUUUUUUUCAAGCCCAUGAUACAGGUCUGGUGAUGCUGCAGGUGGCCAUGGGCGGUGAGGUUAUCUCUUCUUCUGUGGUGUUUGAAUACAAGGCGCGCGACCUGCCUGCCCUGCCAUCUUCCCAGCAUGACUGGCUGUCCCUAGAUGGUGAGAGCGCUUUGCUUGUUGUUUUUGAGCAAUCGGAAAACACAGUUAAAUUCUAAUUACUUGGAGUUAUUUAAUCUACAGAAAGCAUAACCUGUAAGCAGAAAUAGAAGUGUACGUCACUGUUUUCCAAUUUUUACAUUUCUACAAUUUUGGGGGGGAAAUAUUGAAAGUAUCAAUAAAUAUUGUUCUUCUCUGAUCCUUUAUUCAUUUACAUUCGCAUCCUGCCUUGAUAUUUACCUGUUGUGUGAUUUUUCUCUGUGCUCGGCUGCAGCUAUCAUUCCUAUUUGCUCCUUAGGUCUGCACACACAUUAUUUCAAAAAUGCUUUCCAUGCAUGUAGAGUAAAAGAAAUGUGUGUGCACAGCUGUACUCUUCCCCCCAGCAGGGCUUGGACUAGUUAAUGAGACAGUCAUGCAUCACAGAGUUUAUUGUAAGAGUGUCUGUCUGUGUGGUAUUUCAUCAAUCAAAUUAUUUUGUCAGCGGUUGAAGUGUUGUGUGGUUUCAGUGAUAGUAAAUCAACUUUAAAUACACAGUGUGAGAUGUUAGAGGACAAUUAUGUGUUCCUUGAGUCAGCUCAGGGGGGUUGCAAACAUCCGCACAGCGCCGCGGGGGUUAGCUUUUGUGUGCAAAUAGAUCUCCUGAUGCAACUGCAGCUCGGAAACACACGGGUCUCCUAAGCGAGGCAUGUCCUGGGUUACUCUGUGUUCGCCCCCGUCUCUGCUGCGUUGCGCAAUGCGGCAAUGCGGCUCAACAGUCACAGCAGGGCUGGCUGUUUUUGCUGGAUUGAAGGGCAAGGACACCGUGGCACAAUCGACUUGAUCCAGUUGACAGUCGAAAUGUUGGGCACCCCUGGCGGUGUGCUCUGUGCAGCCUCGCGGAUGCUAUAUAUAGGCUUUGUUUGACUUUCAACGAUGAUAACGAGACCUAAAUAUCCAUGCGCCCUGGUGAUUUUGACGCUGCGUCUUUGUUUGUUUGGCCUCGAAUCAACAUGAACGGGUCGUCUUACCGGGAAAAUAUAGACGGUUAUAGAAAAACGGGUUAGCAAAUAUGCGUCAGCGCACGACUUUGUCACAUGUCAUUGUUUUAUUUUAGGUUAUGCGUUUCCUUUUUGUUGAACCGAUGACGAGCGAGCCUCCCGCAGCUCCGAGUCUGGCGGGCCGAUUCGAAGCGUGUCUGCUGCUCAUCCAGACGCAACGUGCGUUCUCUCUCUCUCUCUCUCUCUCUCUCUCGCUCUGUAUCUCUCUCUCUCUCUCUCUCUUCCCCCUCCUUUCUCUGCACUUAGUUGUGUUUUGCUCGCUCGGAAUAGCAAUGUGUGAGCCGCACACUUCAAACUAAACGCGGUUGAACAGACGCGGGAACAAAGAGAGCAGCAGAUAGAGAGACGCGCAGUUUGGGUUCGUAGAUUAUUUGCUUUUAAAAACUGAUGAUAACUUCAAAUUGCGCCCAUUUGGUGGUCGUUUAGGGGUUUUUUUUGUUGUUGUUUGCAGCUGGGUUAAGUCUUUUGUUGUCACGCUACUGUAGAUGGACAUAACUGUGCCUGUCGUCUAAAUGUCGACUUUGAAGCUGUUGAACCUCGGAUUGACUUUUGUAUUUCAUGUUUGAGUUAAAAUGUGUGUCAUACAUGUGGUGCACAGUGUGUGUCGAUUUCAGACAAAGAGACGGGAGAAAUGCCACAAGUCUUCGCGUUGUUUUGCCCGCUGGAUCUUUGAAGUGAUGAAAAGCUUGUUUGAUUUCAACUUCAUGAGAGGAAGCUGGUUUUGUCUUGUUGGUUAGUCUGCUCAGUUUCAGCACCACCAGGAGUGGACAGCGCCUCUAAACUCCACAACAACAAACAAAAGCAGGUUAAUCAGGAUCCCUCAGAGGCCCAAAUAUUAACAGGCCCAGAGGUGCAGGCAUGUUGACAACAAUAGCCUCCCUUCAAAAACACUUACAGGUUCAGUCUUGGUUGAUGUUUGCUUUUUGAGAUAUUGUUAAGAGUCAAAAGCUUCUUUGUUAUCAUGCCUUUAAAUGUGUGUGUGAGCGAUUUUUGCUGGUAAAAUAAUCUCUUUUGGUCAAAAAAUAUCCCUAGAUAAAUCUAAACACAUUCAAAAAGACUUCACCCAAAAUGUAAAUGUAAAAAUGUAAUUUAACAUUCAUAACUUCAUUAUUGUUUUGAAAUACUGAAUGACAUGUAAAGCCAUUUUUAAAACCAUAUACGGCUUUAACUUCAUGUUGUUAAAGUUUUGUUUUGGAUCAUUUAUGGUGAAAAUCUGUGAGCCCUAUUAAUAUUUGAAAAAUAGUAAUGAAAGAUGUCUGUGGGGUGACGGACAGACUAGGGUGUGCAAAGAUUAAAGUAUGGUCACAUGUACCCAGAACAACUUUCAGUAAUCCAGAAAAAAAACCAACAACUUGAUGUUGCAUGGCUUUUGUGGAAACUGUAGUUGAAAUCAUUUUUUGCUAGUCAAUUAUGAACACACAGCAUAAUUUACAUUCAACUACAAAUGGAACUUCAAAUACAUAUUAAAGUUGUUAACAGACUAUGCACUUGGUGUGAUAAUAAGAGAAAAGUUUCUGAUGUCUUUGGGGUCUUUCAUUCAGCAGCAUCUAGGAAGGAGGAGCUUUUUAGAUAGAUGUGAUAACAGUGAAAGCAGGUCUAAAAGUAAUUUUACCAACAUACCGCAAAUUUGGAUGAAGUCAAAUUACAGGCCCGUGACAUAAAAGCCCUGAAGUAUCCUGAAUACUCCUGUGCUUUUUUAAAUACCUUAUUUUAUCUUUUACAAUCGUACUUGUCUCACAACAUUCCAUUUGUUAAUGUCUUUAAAUGGAUAUUAGUGUGUUUCUCCAUCUGUAUGAUCUAAUGUCAACAAAUGUGUUGUGAGAAGACUGCUGCUCCAUUAUGUGACUUGCAGCUGAAGUGGUAUUUUGCUUCUAUAGAAGGUGCCCUUUCAAGAAACUCUACUCUUCUUCUUAUAAUUAUUGGCUGAUUAGAGAGGGAGGAACUCGAACCUUUGUGUCUCUCUCAUGGCUCCACAUUUUCUGCCCUGUUUACUUGCUGCAGAGGGCAGACAGAAAAAAAGGAGUGAAAAGAGAGAAAGAAAAAUAUAGACUGAGUGAGAGAGCAGCAGGUAGGAUGACAAAAUGUGCACUGCAGCAAAAAUGCAGCAGUACUGAAACAAAGGGUCAUAUUCACAGCCUUAUUAUAGUCAUAAAUAACCUACAGGAGUUGCAUUUGUUGUUACUUACUUUUAAGCCCAUGCUGGCAAAGACACACUCAAUUUACUUGGUUGCAGAGUUACCAUUGUUGGCAGUGGGAUUUAUUGGAUUGGAUUUAUUGAGCUCCUCAAAGAAGAGCUUGUCUCUCUAAGCCUCUCUAAGUAGGAUUUACUAAAAUGUAAUAUUGAUUUGCUUCAAUGCAACAAACAACUAGCCAUGCUUACAGCUUUUUGUGUCCUACAAUCAUUUCUGUAGAUACUCAGUUCAGGAUGUCCAUCCUGGAGCGUCUGGAGCAGAUGGAACAGAGGAUGGCUGAGAUAACCAAUCAGAACCCUGGCUCUGAAACCAUGGCAACCAAGGGAGGCGGAGUGGAAGGAGGAGGAGCCAGCGAUCAGCAGUCUCAAGUAAGACAGAAAGAAAUGAUUUUGGCUGGAAGACAUUUUUUCUUCACCACCAUUUAAUAUGAAACAUUAUCAAGUGAGCGAUACAAGUAAACAACACGACACACUACAAAUUGUUUCAGCAAUAAAAAAUUUAAUUUAAAACUGUAAGAGUCGAUAUUUUAUUGUUUCAAACUGCUACACUUCAUGAGAACUUUGCACAUGUUAUGUAACUGCAACGGGAAUGUUCAAUAAUAAUAAUUCAAUAAUAGCAAAUCGCACAGCGCAAUGCAAUCAAGAACAAGCAAGCGUCCACUUCAGAUUAUAAGAGGUGUAGAAUCCGUUCUAUUCUAAUCUGUAACUUGAUUAGAACAAAGGAUGUAAGCCUCAUUAAGCGUCAGUGUUGCAGGACUAUUUCACUUUGAAAAGAUGGCACUUUUAUUGAGUCACACCCUCAGAAUCAUUAGUUCCAAGUACAUUUGAUAAAAUACCCUCUGGCUUCCAAGUACUACAGGGAUCACCAUUUCGUUCAGCAUUAUACAGUGCAUCACAAAGGACUGACUUUAAAAGUGCUAAAGGUAAAAAAGUGUCAGUAUAUCCUUUUGUCUCCAAUCUUCUAGAUCUCUCCUGAUCAGGGUUCCUUUGAGGGUCGUGUUGUGGUGGUGUGUGAGAAGAUGAUGUCUCAGCCAUGCUGGGCCUCAUCCAAUCAGCUUGUCCACAGUAAGAACUCUAGAGGAAUGACCUUACUACAUCUGGCUGCAGCUCAGGGCUACGCGGGACUCAUUCAGACACUUGUUCGCUGGCGGUGAGCAGCAAACAAUCAUUACACACCAUUGUGAAGUACAGACUCUGACAGCUAAUCCCACUUCUGUCUCUCUGCAGCACAAAGCAUGCCGACAGUAUUGACCUUGAGCUGGAGGUGGAUCCUCUCAAUGUAGACCACUUCUCAUGCACUCCAUUGGUGAGUGAUCAAUAUUUAUAAAUGGUGUUUGGAGUGUGUCUCUCUGUCUUUCCAUGUUUUUGUCUUAUCUUUGUUUUUUCAUUGCUUCUUCAGAUGUGGGCAUGUGCUUUGGGACACACUGAGGCAGCAUUGGUGCUUUAUCAGUGGGACCCUAGAGCUCUGGCUAUUCCUGAUUCACUGGGACGCCUCCCACUCAACAUAGCCCGAUCUCGGGGUCACACUCGAUUGGCUGAGCUCUUGGAGCAGCUGCAGCAGAGUCCUCAAGCUCAGGGUCAGCCUGGUGACACCUGGAUGGACAGGUGGAGAGGGGAGCCACAGACCAACAGCUCUGCUCAAAACUCUAACCCAGGUAAGAAAGCCGGCUGUUUUAUGAUUUGUCACAAACAGGAAACUGGUUUUUAGCUCUGGUUUUUAGCUCUAGUAUUUAGCUCUGAAUUUGGUAAAUAACCGGCAUUUCUAGCUUAUCUUAGAGAGGGACAGCUAAAGUAAAGCUCUUCUAAAAGACAAAACAGGCUUCUGGUUAGGAAGGAGCAAAUUACAGUUUGUCAUUUUGCAGGAGUAUUUCUGGACUGGGAGUCUAGGUUGGUUGUCUCGCAAUAGCUCCUGCUCAAGAAACAUGAUCCCAAAUCAUGCCACCCUGAAUGAUUUUUGUACAUCAGAUUUCUAGACGGAUGAAAUAAAACAGUACAAAUGAACAGUACAAAUGUAAACAGAGUAAUAAUUGGUCCAGUAAAGUAUUGCUAUAAGUGAGUGCUGGUUUUCUGUCCAACCAUUUGUAAUUGUUAAAGUAAAAAAAAUAACAAGAUAAUGACUCAGGUUUAAAAAAAUAAAAAAGUCAUAUGUCAUUACAUAAUUGUUUAGCAUAUUAUAAAAUUAAAAGUAGUUAUCUUAGCCAGGAAGAUGUUUUAGAUGGAUUUUUAAUUAGUAAAUAAAAUAAAAUACUAUUUGAGUUAUGCUGUAGAUUUCAUAACAUGACCGAAGUACAUUAAAAUGCAUGUCAUGGACAAAAUAACAGAACCCACAUCAAACACAAGCCAGUAACUAAGCAGGAUUCCAGAUGCCUUCAUUUAGGUUAAAAGCAUCAGACCAUUUAGAAAAGACUGUCAUGAAAUUUGCAUUUUUUUCCUCAUUCAUCUCUGAGCAAGAGAAAACCAGUCUGUCUCACAAAAGUAUUUCACUGUUUAAAAUUUUUUACAAAAAUCGAACUGUCACUGUCCCCUCUCAGAUCUGUCUGAAGUUGAAACACUGUCAGGAACAUAACCAUAGCUUGUAGUAAAAAGGGAAUUUUACUAGCUUCAGUAUGAGAUAUAUGUAAGUAUACCCACUUUGGUAGAUUAGUGCCCUGAUUUUCCACCAACCUUGUCUCCCCAGAGCUGAGGAGAGCCAAGGCGGAGAGCCAGCCAGACAACCAGACCCAGAGCUGGAGCCAAACAGGACACAGAGCCCAGCAGGGAGAACAGGGAGGUCCACCCCCCGCCAAGAGACUCAAACCAAACCCUGACACCCAGCAACAGCUUUCUAACUCGACUCCUGGCACCCAAACCCUUCACUCCCUCCUCAAUUCACCCCCCAGUCAUAACUCUCAACAAUCUCUCCUCCCAAACACCCCGCAAACUCAACCCUCUAACCUCAGAUGUCAAAAUGCACCUCCUGCCAGCUCAAGCCCUAACCAGCCUCAGCUCCCUAGCGCUCCAUUCUCCCACCUGCAGGCCAGGAUAGGGGGGUUUGGAGGAGGCACCAGGUGGAGCCUGAGACAGACACUAGGGCAGCGUAGCCUGGCAAGAAGGAUUCUGGGAAAAGAACGACUGGCCAUUCACCUGCGCCAAAGAGUGCUGUCUGGCAGGGGAGAGGAGACCGAGCUGCUGACCUUUCAAGAUAACACAGAGGAUCUGCAGGUAAGGGGAGCAGAUUGUUAGGAGAACUAACUCUUGACUCCAAAACUGUUGCAGAACACCAUUUUAGUACAAUGUCAAUAGUGCACAUUUAAACUAUAAUCUGAAAUAAUCUGAAGAAUCUGAAAGAGGACCUGCUCUGCAUGUCUUGCAGAUGGAUAUAACAAUGUUGGCUGAUCACAUCUUGGAGGCCUCAACUAGUCGGCUAAAGCAAGAAGAUAUGGAGACUGAAACUGACUCUGGGAAGUCAGGGAUCAGUAGUGAUGUCAGAUUACUGUCUGGUUACCUUGGUAAGGUAAAAAGGUGAGUCUUAUAACUCCCAAAUUUCCCGGGCUUAUUUACCAAAUACCACAAAUUCUUUUCACGAUAAAACUUCUGUUCUGUUCUUUGCUUUGACAGGUUUCUGAACUCCAAGUCCCGCACUCCUAGCCCCAAAACAAACUCUCUCUCAGGGCCUGAGGAUCAGCAGAGUCCACAGGCUAGGCAAGCCCUCCCCUCCCCCUUCGACUGGAGCCCCUUCCUCUGCGCGAAUAUGAAAGAAGAGAGGUUGAAAAGUGACUCCUCCUGUCUCUCUAUGACUGAGGCAGAACAGCAAGAACUGUAUGAGACCAUUAGGCAUGCUCUGCACUCCCUCAGAAAACACAAGGUAAACAUACAGUUUGACUCAUGUAUAUAUCCUCUCUAUUACUCCUGUAAAAUACAGUUACUAGAUUAGCUAUCUGACAUUCGUGAUGUGACUUUCUUCAGGGUCCCAUUCAGGAACAACGCAAAGAGAUUGCAGCAGUGAUUCAACGCUGCUAUAAGAGAUACAAGCAGGUAAGACUUGGUGACAUACAGCAAGCAUCAACUCUGUGCUCGCCAUUGUAUGAAAGUAUUCAUGUCUUUUUCUGAUGGUCCUACUGCACAAUGACCUUUAUGUGUGUCUUUAAUGAAACCACACAGCUUAAUUGUGUUUUUUACUAUGUCCAGUUUAUCAAUAUUGGAAUUAGUGUUGGGUGAUAUAGCCUUAAAAUGAUAUCACGAUAUGUCAAGGCAAUUUGCCAUAACGAUAUUUAUGACGAUAUGGAAAAAAAAUAACAGAACAACAUAUUAUUAAUGAUUGCUGCUUCUGAAAAACAGCAUUUUUAUUAUCGGUGCUAAAAAUGGGUUAAAUUAUGAAGAUAAAUUCAGAUUUGCAACACAUUAACAGGACAGGAGUUAGAAUCCCCCAUAAUAUUAUUUUUUCCCAUGUUUUUUUUUUUUUUUAAUAUUUUAUCAAACGUAAAUAUGAUAUGGCACACCCCUAGUUGGAAUCAUCCAAGCUGCCUGCAUCAUUAAUUCUGUUACAUGCGUAGAUUCAUCACACAUCUUUGCUUUCGCUUAGAUCAGUUUAGCAUAAUCUCUAAUGGAAAUAAUGUGUAGGGCACGUAGAUUAGUGUACAGGCUUGUAAGCUGUGGUCACUUUGUGGGCUGGGAUUUAAGAUUGCAGAGGGAAACUCUUCAAAAUGAGCUUUUGCAAGCUUUGCCAAGUUUCAAACAGAUUCUGGGGUUUUGAGAACAUUAUGGUGCUUGAAGAACGUCUGUACAACUUUCAAAGAGACACGUGUGUUUGGUUUAGACAAGGAUUAUCAAUUCAGGGUGGGAAUCUCUUGAAUUUAUCUCAGAGGUUUAAAUUGUAAUUAUCAGAUUUUUAUCCUGAUUUUGUUUCUGUUUCUAGCAUAGAUCUAAAAAUGCAUCUGAACAGCUGUGUAAAAUGGUUUCCACCAAAGUGAAAAUGCAUAAAUGAGCAUAAGUGGCUGUGGAAGUACUUAGAGCAUGUCUCUGUCUUCUUUUGAAGUAUGCACUUUAUAAGAGGAUGACCCUGGCAGCCAUCCUGAUUCAGAGCCGUUUCCGGAGUUUUCAUGAGCAGAAGAAGUUCCAACAAAGUCGUAGGGCAGCGGUCCUCAUCCAGCAAUAUUACCGCUCCUAUAGACACUCCCUCGGGUACUCAGUCACACUCCCGCACCAACACACAUAAACAUGCAUAAUUUGCAUAGUUAUGUAGACGUUUUUCUCAUUCCUGUGUCUUUGCCUGCAGCAGCCUCUUAACGAAAAAACAGAACCAAGCUGCUCGUAAGAUCCUGAGGUUCCUGCUCCGAUGCCGCCACAGGUGAGGCACUAAAUUCAUUCACACCCCCUUAAACACCACCAAACACAACCACAGAGACACAUCCGUACACAUGACCCGCUCACAGUUAAAACCUACUGCCACACAUGCGCUCACUACAUUGGUGCUAAUAGUUGGUGUUGUUUUACUGUUCUGAAGCCCCUUGAUGGACCAUAGGCCACUGAAACGGGUGAGUCUUCUCUCUCUCUCUCUCUCCUGUCUUUCCCUCUCUCUCUGGCUGAUGCCUGUUUGCAUGUCAGCAGAGGGAGGAGGAGAGGAGAUCCUUGAUUACCACUCCCCUCUCUCUCUCUCUCUCUCUCUCUCUCUUUCUUUCUUUCUUUCUUAUUUUCUGUUCCUCCCCGAGGACUGCUGAAUGACAUUGGUACUUGUGCAUGAUUGACGAGUAGAUAGAGAAGCAAUUCCUGCGUAUGUUCUUAGUGGGGGCAUGUUCAGACCGACAUUACUGGGAGACUUUAAGUGUCUUGCUUGGCCUGCCAGUCUCUUUUCUUGCCUUGAGGGGUGGGGUUGGGAACAGGAUGGCGAGUGUGCGUGCACUGGGGCGUUUGCUGAAUAACUUUCCCUGUUGCUCUGAAUAUGGCCUUCGGAUGUAGAAAUAAAAAAGACAUGUACAGAAACAUACAAAUCUUUCUCUCUGAGUUUGUGUUUGUUUUUUUUCCCCCAGGGUCAGAGAGCGGAGAAAGGCCAGGGGUCCUGAGAGCCCAUCGCCAGGCCCCACACACAGCCCUCUUAGCCUGUGAGCAAUCUAUGAACCCUCCCCUCUUUCCAUCUUUUCCUUUCUUCCAUCCUCCUAAAAGCCCCUCCCUUCUCCAUUCCCCAGUCCCUUCUCCGUGCCCUCAAUGCCCUUUCCUGCCCUUGUUUCUCUCACCCUCUCUCCCCUCUUUUCUCAAGAGGGACAAAAACUCUUCCCAGACAGACUGAGGACAGGAUAGGUGUCCAUCAUGGCAGCUCAGACAGACAGACUGCUGGGUAGAGCCAAGGGACCUGGCUCUGCCCACAGCACUGAUCCUCCUCCACAGUUUCACUGGGAGGCCAUCACAUUAACCUCAUGGCAUUCUUUGCACUCUUCAUGGGUAUGUUUCUUUGCAAGAGAAAGAAGACGAGUCAGACGAGAGGACGUGAGGAGGCGCCUGAUGCCAACAUCCUGCUGUUCACGGCAGCGACAGGAUGUGCCGAAAGGCUCUGGAGAUUAACUGCUGGCUCAAGACAAAGGCUACUUUGACAUGCAGAAAAAAAAUACAAAAACUUUUUUUGUGUUUUGUAUCCAGACAGCGAUCCAUGAAAGAAUAAGAAAACAUAUACCAAAAAACUCACUUCUAUGUUGCAUUUGCAUGCAAGAUUUUUUCGCUUAUUCCUCCUCUCCAUCAUACAGCAGAGCUAUAGUGGCAAACCAUUCAGCUAAUUCAGUAGAUCACAGUUCCACCAAUCACUCUGACUCACAGGCUUAUGAACCUAUUUAUCAGUCACCCAACCAAAAGGGGAGGAACUGCACUUGAAUGUAAGAGGGGCAUUGUUAGAUAAGGGGUGGGGUCUGAAAAACGAUGUCUUAAUUUGUUACAUGGACUUUGUAUGGAGUCGUUCUCAGAGGCGGCACUUUGCUCGCCCGCCGUGGUGUGUCCGUGUUCGUUCAAUUCAAUGCAUGUGUUUGAGCCACGAGCUCCUGCAUGCUUGCCAAACUGCUUUAGUGUUGUUUCUUUUUGUAUUUCUAUGUGUAGUUGUGUCUCACUUACGUCCUCAUCAACUUAUCCUUGCCCUGUGUAAUGUGAACUGUGUAAGGACAAAUGUCUUAUUUUGGGUGCUUUUUUUACUUUAUUUAUUUAAGGGUCUAAUUAUUUAUUUAAUUGGCUCAAGAGUGGGUUAAGCUUGAGACUGGUUUUCCCCCCUUGUGUGGUAAGAUAUGACAUGUUCCAAUGGUUAAUUGUCUCUGUUUGUUCUCCGCGUGAACCUCUAAAUCCUAACUGUGGUUUUGAGGAGAGAGUCACAUACCAUUGCCUUGACUUCUUCUUGACUAUGAGAGGUCUCUAUGCUUGCUCUGUACAAGACAUGGGUCCUAUACCUGCCCCUGUACAGGGCAUUGGUCCCCAUAUUAGCCCGUAUGGGCGGUCAAAUCCAUAUUUUGGACUAUUGCAUAUUCCUGUAUAUAAACUGACGAGGUAAGGGGAUACGAGGACCCUGAAACUUUUUCAUAAGAGGACUGUAUUUAAGAUUAUAAAUUAUUUUACUCCCAUAAUGAGAACUUAAGACAGAGACCUGGGUACACAGGAUGGCUGUAUUGCUUGUAAAUAAUGUAGAUAUUACAAACGGAGUAAUGUGCAUGAGAUUUAAGACAAAGAAACAGCAAAAAGAACAUGUUAGUGGCUAUGGACUGUGAGAGGAUUUUAACUGCUUCACUUUAAGAGUAUCCAGUAUAAGUGUUACUGAAAAGAACAUUUUGUUAAAGCAUGCAACUGAAAAAUCUAACGUUAGAAUUAUAAGUGGGAAAACAAAGUUAGCUGAAACAAUGAUCUUUCAGACAAACAUUUACACUUUGUGCUUUUGUUUCUUGGCUAGCAAAAAUUAAACCCUUUUUGCCAGUAGUGCCAAUUAUUAUGAAUGCUAUUUUGCCUAACAAUAUGUUAUGUUGGAGAAACCAACACCCAAAAGAUAUCAGUAAGAUCCACAGAGGCAACGCACACACACACGCACACAUACACACACACAGAUAAUUAACAGUAGAAGAGAUCUAGAUCUAGCUCAACAGUAGACCUACAACAAGUUUAAGGCAGACUAACAGUAUGUAUAGAUGAAGGUGUUCAUGAUGGUUAUGAUAGAGGUGGCGAUGCAAGUAUGUAAAUGAUACUAAUGGUGAUGAAGGUUGUUUCACUAUGAAUGCAAUGAAUGACGAUCCAAAAAGGGAAGAGGGCGCUACAUUCUUGACAAUGUGGUUGUGCUUCAGCAACAUCCUAGCUUUUAUUACGACCAUUAAUCAUACCUACAGCGGAUCCAGCCUGGCCUCCAGUCAAAGCUCUCCAUCUUCAAACAGAAUGUCUCCUCCCCACUGUUUUACAUAUCAUUUAAUCAAAUCUUUCUUUUCUUCUCAUUGUCACUGCCAUUACUGUACAACGUGUACUUCUGGAAAGCUCUGUUUAGAAAGUGCCUGCUCAAUAACAGAAAGCUAAUAUCAGGAAAUAUCUAUUGUAUGUCCUCAAAAAAAAAAAGGUUGCCAGUUACCUGUUUAUUUUCCUAAAUUGUUUGUAAAAAAUGAACUUGACAGUGUGAUCUGAGUCUAAGCUGGAAGCUCUAAUUUGUCAUUGGUAUGAAUGGAUGCUCAUGGCCUGAUUGAUGCUAUAUGUUGCUUUAUGAAACAAAACAGUAAUUCUUACAGUAUCACUUCUUGCCAUACUUGUGUGUCAGUCCUGCAGUAUUUUGAACAAAAGCACCACAGAAAUCAGCUUCAGUGUAUAAGGAAGCACUGUCACAGCUAGUCUACAAAGUGUCCUGGCAUCCCCGCUGAGAGGAAGACGUGUUCUUUUUGUCCUUUUUUUCUGUCUUUCUUCAGAAAUGGUCCUGCAGCAUUUAGAAGAAAAAAAGAAGUUUUCCAGAGGACAAAAUAGCUGUCAUACACACCUUUCUUUCCUUUUUUUUUUGUCGCUCACUCUUCCUAGGACAGAUGAGCAUGUAAACACACAUACACAAGUCAUACACAACUGUACACACAUAGACACAAAAAGGCCACACUCUUUCUCUCUGUGCUUAUGUCUUUGGGAAACAUUAAAUCUCUCCCUUAGAUUUUACUCAGGGUUGAAGAACAGAGAGACACUAUGUGGAGUGUGAAGGUUGAAGACAGAGUUGUACCACUAAUUGUGGUGAUUGUGUGCAUUUGUGUGUGUGCAUCUGAAUGUGUACGUAUUUGUGUAUGCUAGGGAUACUCCGGUAUCUGCAAAUUGUAUCUCAAGUCAUGUUCUUGAGUGUCGCACUUCUUCUAAAAAAUCCAGUCUCAUGUUUUGAAGCAACAAAUGUCAUCAGUUUGCUUCAUCCAAGCUGUGUUUGCAUCACUUUUUCUACAAGAAUGUCCAAAUCCCGUAUUUUAUAGGAUUUUUUUUUAUGUCAACAAAAUUCAAAGCAAGUAAGAAGUGAUAUUUCUAUUUAUACACUUGCUCUUGUCUUAAACGCACAAGAUUCUUAAUACAAACAACUCUUAAACAAUGCAAAAAUAAGCAACGGCCACGUAUCACCUCAAUUUUCGUAAUUUAAAAAACUUAUGAGAAACAGUUUAUUGAAAGAUUCGCAAUUGGAAGACCUCUUUUGUUUGUGUUUGACAUUUAUUUCUGACUUUUCAUCAUACUGAGAGACAGCCAUGGUCAGGACAGCGCUGUCAGGAGAAUCCAUGCUACGAUUUCACUUAAACUUCCUUCUAAAACUUCCCCUCCUCUAACAUUAGCACAACUACAGUCACAUAAGACACUCGUUGAUACAUAGAAUGCACACAGACAAACACACACACACACAGACCAGCAUACAAACGCUUGUGCUUAUCAAUACACAUACACGAGAAUCUUUACAUGCAGAUUUCAAAACUUCAUUAGUAUGUUCAUGAUUUUGGAGAGGAUGGUGACUGUAAAAAAAAUAAAACAGUAUAUAGAGUAGAUAAAAUAAAAAGAUAAAGAAAUAUUGCCAUAGUAGCCAGCUGGUAGACAUGCGCAGAGAUGGCCUCUGCUCUCAGAAGUCCGCCUAGACAUGAAUGGUAUAACCUUUCAGGCCUUGUUUUGAGAGGGCGUGGCCAAACACCACAUUGCAUGCUAGAAUGGUAGACCCUCAUAGAUAAUCUAUGGCUAGACCUCUCCUUGCCUUUCUCCUCUCUCGCCCUGUCUUCCCUCUCUCUCCGUCUCUCUCCUUCUCUCUCUCUCUCUUUUUCUCUAUUCUCUCUCUCUUUCUCUCAUUUCCUGCUGUAUUCCCACUUUGCCUGCUGUUGUGUUCUCCAUGCCUAUCUCAGUCCUUCAUUCCUCUUCUUUUUCGUAGCCUAGUUUUUACUUUGUUUUACGAACGUGCAUGCACAAGCAUCACUAAAUUGUUGAUGUUUUUAAAAGAAUAUUUUGUUGCUGAGGCCAUGCAAAGUGUUUUGAAUAUUGCCCUUAUAUGUGGAAAAUGUCUUCUGAAUGCUUUACAUAAUUUCUGCUGUAAAAUGAAAUCAGAAUAAAAAGAAAAUUUGCACUUUAACUUAU